GUUUGUGUGUGUGUGUGUGACUUGCAAACUGCUCUGUUACCUGCUUCCCAUGUUGUCCUAUUCCCUGGUCUAUCUCCUCCCCAAUCCAUUGCACCUCCCCUGCACCCUCCUCCCUCACUCAGGCUGGGGAGGAAAUGAUGUGGUAAUGCCUGCUUAAUUACAGCUCCAGACACCCAUUGGAUCUUGCAGUGACUUCCUCCUUAAGCAGACAGAGCCUCUCAGUCCCAGUGUGUUUGGACAGAACUUUCUUCUCCCCCCCUCUCCAGGUCCUGUAUUAGAUUGCACCCCUCCUGUUCCAGUCUGUGAUCAGAUCUGCUCUCCUUGGUGCAGUUGGGGAAGGGAGCAGGGGGAGGGAGGUCUGCUGUGCUGGGUGCAGGGGGAGGUGGUUUGCCUGGAAAAUGAGAGCUGUUGGGGGAAACCUUGUCCUCAUCAGCUGCAGAGACCUUCUCUGAUUGUCCAGACCUCCAUGGCCAGCUCCGUGGAUCUGUAGGAGACUACCCCCAGCCGAUCCUGGAGUCAGAGGGAGAAAGAGACUCAGCUGCAACAUAGUAACAUUCGCUGGAGGUAAGCUACAUUGCAUGGGAAGCUGCAGGAAGGGAGAUCUGUUUCUCUUUAAUGCUGUGUGUGUGUUAUGGGUGGGGGUGGAUAAUACUGGCCCAGACAGCAAUCAGUAGUCCUCUGUCUGUCUAGUCUCUUACAUAAACAUCUCCUUAAUCACUAGACCAGAGGAGCCUGGAGCUUGCAGUAGCUGCUGCAGAACCUCUUGCUGUACAUUUUAAAUAAAUAACCACAAGAAUAUCAGACCAAGCAGAUCAUAAACUUAUUGGAACUCGCAGCUGUUCUUGGUGAAGAGGCACAUUUAAAGUUGGGAAUGCCAAGAGGUGCUGCAGCAGCAGUGGCCUUUGAUGGCCUGGCCUUGCCUUGUUUGGAGACAAGUGAUCUCCUAGUUAACACACAUGAUUAAAAUCACAGCAUCCUCCUGGCUGUAACCUACCUACCCACAGCUCCCUGGGUCUUUUUAAGAAUAUAUAAUAAAUAAAAUAAAAUAUUUCAGCAUGCCCUAUAGAUUUUUUAUUUCCUGGUGAGACUCCCAUUAAUGAACUGGGACAGAGCUAGACAGUGCAAAUUGUCUCCCAGAUCACAAAAAGCCCCUGCAAGCUGUAAUACUAUUCAAACACUUUGUGGGAAUGGAGCCAAAGUGCCUCUUGGGAAUUAACAGUCUGCUCCUAGCUAUGUUUAACUGUGUGGGUGGAUCUAGGUCUGUGAACUAGGCAAAUAUAUUUUUGUUGUGUUUUUUUUAUUUUUUUGAAGAGCUGGGGAGAUUUGAUGGAGGAUGGAAGCUUCUCAUCCAUGAAAUGUGAUUCUUUGUAGCCUGAAUUUUCAUUUCCAAACAGUACUGUAAGUCUAUUUCAAUAAGACUGGAAUGUGUGCUUCAUUGACUGAUGCCCACAGGCUAAUCGCAGCCUACAUGACAUGCCAACUUUAAAAUCCCACCCAUUUAGCAUUGUAGGUCUGUUAUGGUCUGCAAGUCAUGGCAAUGCCUGACUCAGGAACCUCUGCUGUUACUAUGCGCUUUGACAAAGCGCCUGCCAAGCUGUUGCGUUGUACACUGUCCAAUGUCUGUGCACGCAAGGCUAUGGAAACACUGUAACAAAAAAAAACAACAACAACCUCUUCCUUAAUUAUGUAUCAGGGCAUGUUAUAAACAAGUCUGCAGCAUCAUUACUGUGUGGGUCCUUUCCUCCUCUGCUAUAUAAAAUGGAUUAAAGGGGUAGAUCCCUCACUGUUGUCAAACUACAAGUCUCAUCAUGCUGAAUUAUGAGACUUUUAUAGUUCAACAAUAGUUAGGGUUUUACUUUUUGGCUACCCUUGGCAUGAUUUAACCUAUUAAAAAGAGGGAUGAUGAUAUUUGUUUAAGUAACCCCCAAGCCCUAAUCACAGGUUGUUGACAUUUUAAUUACUGUUGCAGCUAUAGAGUGUGCAGGCUUUUUAUUUUCACCCCCGCCCCCUUGGUGUAAAUUGUGGCAUUUGUUUUAUCACAGUAGGCGUUUGAGAUGUGCAAAAAAAAAAAAAUAUGCAAAGGUGAUGAGGACUUUAAAGUCUCCUUUUGUCAUGCACACUGGACUAAGAACGUGACUUGCACUUUCCUGUGUUGACUUGAGCAUAGACAUGCUGGUAGAUAAAGCACUACAAUAGACAGAGAGUCUGGGCCUCUCCAUCUCUUGCCUUUGAAGUAAUUCAUUACUAGCCAAGCUGAAACCAGUGCAUUAAUUGAUUUUAGAUAAAGUUUGGCACACACUGUGCAUUGUCAAAUUUUCAAUAUAGUGACUUUGAAGGUCACGAUUUAGCCAGGUGAUCAUUUCAUGCCUUAUUUAUUCAUUUCAAACGUAGGCGGACUCCUAUGAAUAUCUUGAAAUAUAUUCCAUUGAUGACUAAUUGUUAGAAUUUUUAAUCUCUGUAGUUUUUAUUCUGGCUUGGAAAAUACCUACGCAAAAUACUGUAUAACUGCACCAAAUAAAUACUAAUAUGUCCCUCUUCUUCCCUAUUUGGAUUAUAAAAUGCAACAUUAUCUUAUUUUUCUAAGAGGAACUUUAUAUAAAAACAUGCGAACAAUUUGAUUUGGUAUCCAUAAUAAGUUCCAUCACUGCAAUGUAGUGUCUUUGUUUUUGUUUUUUUAAGUCAACAGUAAACUGACGUGUUGCAAAAUCAGUCCCAACCAAGCUGAUUUAUUGUAAUGUUUUUUUUUGUUUUUUUUUAAUUGUUAUGGCUAUUUUCCCAAUAAGUUUGGUAUCAGAUCUCCCCAACUCACUGUCUUUUAUUGAAUGGAACACUACGACAUUGCCAGUGAUUAUACUUUACCAAAGCUUAAAUCUCUCUUUUAUUGGUUCCAUUAUUACACAACAUAUUAUUUUUGUUGUUGUCUAAUAACCCAACAUUAUUGCCUUGAGUACUCUUAUUUUGAGGUGAUAGUUUUAGACUUUGUGUUUUUUUUUUUUUUUUUUUUCAAUGGAAAUUACAGCCAAGUUUUUUACAAGUUAAAAAUAAAAUGGACAAUUCUAAUUGUCACUUAUGGUUUAUCUUGUAACUCUGCUACUUUUACCUUUUUUUUUUUAUUUUUUAUUUUUUUUAUAACAAUAGUGUAUUGGUGAAUUAAGCUGUCAGAUUUAGCAGUACAAAAGGCUUUUCAAGCAUUUACUUUAUAUGAUCAAUACAUUUUAAGUGUAAUUAAACAUAUAAUUUAAAUAUGUAGGCCCUUGACUUUCUGCAUAACCCUCGGCUGUGCCAAAUCUGUUGGCGGUUACUAAAUCAAAAUUGUGGCGUCAUAAGCCAGCCCAGAACUAGUGGCAGUCAGUUGUCAGAGAGUGCUCAGUUGAUGCUUUCUGUCAAUGAAUGGCGACUGGAUUGGCUCCUAGCUUCUGCAAGUGAAGACAUGUCACGAAACAUAGGAACUGGGGGGACACAGGUCAGAGGACAAACCAUUGCUAAACAGUUUGCCCAUUACCGGGGAAUGGAGCCAAGGUACUUCUCACAUUAUAACCAAUACAGUGGACUUGAAGUAAACUUUAUUAUUGUAUAAAGAGAAGUUGCUGAUCCUGUAGUCCAGUGGUAGUCAACCUUUUUCCACUUACCGCCCACUAAUGCAUCUUUCUUGAUGGAAAAAUUUCCUUACCGCCCACCAGUUUUCGCGCAAGCGCGGAAUAUUUUUUAGAAAGGAGGGUGUUUUAAAAAAUACAUAAAUGAACGUACAUUUAUCUUUUUAUUUCUACUUUAUGCAUGUUUAUAAUGUUUUUAACUUUAUAAAGUUUAAUGAGGAAGCAAUAAAGUAAAUUGAACUUACCUUUACUAGAGGUUGAUGCUGCGAGACUAAAUAUUUGAUAUCUGGUUCGAUUUUCAUAAGGAACAAACGAAGGUCUCCUCUUUCAGUGAUAAUCGGAAGACUUCUUUGUUUGCUCAUAAAAUGAUUUCUCAUCUGUGCGUCAGCUCCCCUCCUCUCCCUCCUCAAUUCCCCUUCCCACCUUUUUCCCCUUUUUUCUAUUUUUUAACCUUCCUUAUAGCAAUGGCCAAUAGGAAGGCUGAGCUAGGUAGCCCACUUACUAUUAUUAGUCAACAACAAUUCUCUCCUUUUCCUUUUCUUUCCUUCUCCUUUUUUACAAGUACUCUACUCCUUCUUUCCCCUAUACUAGAAGUACUCUACUCCUUCUUUCCCCUAUACUAGAAGUACUCUACUCCUUCUUUCUCCUAUUCUACAAGUACUCUGCACCUUCUUUCUUCUAUUCUACAAGUACUCUGCACCUUCUUUCUUCUAUUCUACAAGUACUCUGCUCACAGACAAACACAUACACACACACACACACACACACUCACAUAGAAACACAUACACACAAAUAUACACAUACUCACACAUGCACUUACAGACACUCACACAUACACAGACAGACCCACAGACACACAUACACUUACAGACACAGACACAUACACUUACAGACACAGACACAUAUACUUACAGACACACACACACACACACACACACAUACACUUACAGACACACACACAUACACUUACAGACACACACACAUACACUUACAGACACACACACAUACACUUACAGACCCACAGACACACAUACACUUACAGACACAGACACAUACACUUACAGACACAGACACAUAUACUUACAGACACACACACACACACACACACAUACACUUACAGACACACACACAUACACUUACAGACACACACACAUACACUUACAGACACACACACACAUACACUUACAGACACACACACACAUACACUUAGAGACAAACACAUAUACACACAAAUUAUUAAUAUUAAAUAUCCACCCAGCCUCCCUACCUGGAGAGCUGGUGUGGAUCUGUCCAUGGGGUCCAGUGGGGCUUCACUUAGGCGGGCGGCUAAUCAGACGCAGCGAGGGAGCUCUAACCUCUCUGCUCUGCUCCCUCGCGGACUGUCUACGGAUGCCGGGAGCCGGAAUAUGACAUCAUAUUCCGGCUCCCGCGGCAUCAGCAAACAUCGCGCGAGGGAGCAGAGCAGAGAGGUUAGAGCUCCCUCGCCGCGACUGAUUAGAACUCUGCCAUGCCGGGGGGUCCAGAAGGUGGCCUGGCAGGAGGGAGCGCUUCCUCCUGCCGGUCACUGAAGACUUGCGCAUGCAGAGCCGCUCGCGCCCGCCCAAAAGGAGAAAUCCUCUUAAAAAGAGGAUUUAGCCUCAGAAAUCCCUACCGCCCACCUGGAAUCCUAAAACGCCCACUAGUGGGCGGUAGGGACCAGGUUGACGACCCAUGCUGUAGUCUAAUCAUUCAACGCUGAUCAAAAAUCCAGCAUUCUAGGGCAAGAUUCCCCAAACUCCGGCCAUCCAGAUGUUGUUGAACUACAACUCCCAUGAUUCUCAGCCUAUCUAUUUCCUUCAUAGAAUCAUAGGAUUUGUAGUUCAGCAACAUCUGGAGGGCCAGAGUUUGGGGAAGCCUGUUCUAGGGUCUUGAGGUCUGGACAGAAGACCAACCAUUUGAAAGUUUGCGUGUGUGUGUAUAUGUGGAUUAAUGAGGCAAAAAUGUGAUUCUUUGAACUCAUCUGCAUAUGCCCACCCAGCACAUCUUGCAGUAGUAACAUCACUGCAAAUGUGAGAUUUCUGUGGGAAAAGCAAGUCUUACGGUUUGGCUGGUGUUUUGAUCUAUGUUUAACAAUAUACUGACUUUAUGUAUUUAUGAUUGUUUGUUAUUGUAGGAUACCUUUUUAGUUACUUUUUUCUUACAAUGUUUGAUCGAGCAUAAGAUUUAAUCUAUACAUUGUGUUAGCAGUUUUGGUAGCAAAUCUAUGGAAGGGGGGGAAAAAACAAUUUUAAAGAUCUGUUUUGUCUGAGCUCUACCGAGGCCUUGACUGACCAGGGAGAGCAGAAAAGACCUCCCACGGGAAAUACUUCUGCUUUCCCAAGCAACGCAAACCAACGUACACAACGCAGCAGUUGCUAUGGAAAUUCCCUAGCUUCCUCUUCUAUCUCUAGCUAGAGAGUAUAGGAACAGAGUGAUGUGACGUCACUCCAUUCUGAUGCCGCCACAUUGGCAACAAAGUCGGUGUCACAGAGGAAGUGUGCUCUACUUGGGGAAGUGUUCCCAAGCAGGAAAAGUCAAAGAAGACCGUAGGCGGAGGAAAGGGCAUUCCAGAGGGCAGCCCAAAGUUGGGUGUUACAUGAAGAGUAACACCCACGAAAGCUCAAAGAUGGUGCCCCUGAAACAGAGUAGAGGUGAGUAAAUCUCUAUAUUUCACAUUGAAUACAUAGUGUAUUUUUGCGAUAUAUGAUGUAUUCAAUGUAUAUGGAAGAGAUUUCAGGCAAGUAAUUUGUUCCUAUACAGGUUCAAUUUAAAGUACUCACAUGUUGUGUAGCGACGCGUUGUACAAUAGGUGAAUAAAAUACAAGUAGGCUGCAACAGAAUCCAUUUCACAUUCAUCAAGUAUUUGAGGAUAUAACUCAUUUGAGUCUAUAACAUAAGGACUAUAUUUCCUUCGUUUUGUUUUAACACUUACGCUCCGUAAUAGUUUUUUGUUUUUCUUUCAUUCAAGCUAUGUGAAUCACAUUUUACUAAACACUUUUUUUUCUGAUGUGUUAAUAAGUGUUCCUGAAGACAUGAAUAAAUACAAUUAAACUCUAUCUGCAUAUGUUAAGAAGAUUAUCACUCUGGGGUUGAACAAUACACACAGCCUAAGCUUCACCCAUCUCCAACUAAAAGGGUUAUACCUUACCCUGAGAAGUCACACAGACAUAAUGAAUGCAGAUAUGUUCUGUAAUCUGCAUGUCGAAUGGAUUAACCAACCUUUAAAUUAAAUUUGAGUGAUUUUGUCUCCAACGUAUACAUAUCCUCCUUUUCAUAUCUUAUUGUUGAUGAAUAAGAUGACUUCAAAACGGCAUAGAAUUCUUCUGGCAUUUGUAAAUGAAGCAAAUUAACUCCAAACAUAUGCUCCAAACCUUACUUUGGGCAAGAUAUCCUUUGUACAAUGGGAGGUUAUUUGUACGCAUUUAAAACGGUCUUUUUAAACCUUUUCCACAUGUAAAGUGUUUUUCAGGAUUACUUACAAAUAAUUCCAAAAAGACCCUCUAUUUAACUUUGAGUAUGUGCUGUGAGAGAGUCACCAUCGUAGAAUGAUAUCUGAGGUUUUCUUUAAAUGCAAACCUAGAGUUCUUUAUUUAGAGACGACUUUUUUUUAAUUUAUGUUUUUGGUUCCAUUUACGUUGAUAUAAAUUACUUUUUUCAGGGUUAUAUAUAUAAUAUUAUAUAUAUAAUAUAAUAAAAUUUUUUUUUUUUUUUUUUUUCGUAAUGGUCCUCAAAUAACAAGUGUGUGUGUUUGUGUUUUUUAGUUGUUGCUUUGGAAAAACUUUUGUUUUACAGUUUUUUUUUUGUUUUUUUUUUAUUUAAACAAAGUGCGUGGAUUUUCACUUACCUUUUUUCUGUGAAUCCAUCACUUCAUCUAAAGCCCAUUACUACCUUUAUUUUCAGCUAUUGCAUAUACUGAAUUGUAACUCCUUGUGCGGCUCAUAUUUGUAGGAGUUUCACAGCUAAACUUGUCAAAUACAAACUUUUUUUCUGUGUUAAUGGCCAAGCUUAUAGUUGACCAAAUCCGAUUUUAUAAAUUCACCUACAAUCCAUUCACUUGUUUUAUCCGUGUAAGUCACCUAUUUGGGGUAUACAUUUUUGUUUUCAGAGUGGACAGACUGCUUCUCUUAUCUAUGAUGUUAAGAAUUAUUUGUUAGGUAUAUAACAUUUGGUAAAGCCGUGUGUAUACUUCCCAAAUCCUGCCUAUUUUCUUCUAGCCCUUUAACUAAAAUGUUUGCAAAGAGCAAUAAAAUGAUACCUAAAAAUACAUGCAGUUAUAUCAGUUUUUGGUAGAGACGCUGAUACAGUUCAAUUUUUUAGAGAGACUGUAAGUAAACACACAGAUUUUCUAUAUUACUUAAAGAAACUGCCUGCUGUAGUUAUUGCGGUGCCAGAAUUGCCCUGGUGCCCUCCCAGAAUAAAUACCUGGGGUCUGCUGGAUCGCAGCCUUCUGUGCACGUGAAAGCUGCUGUACUGUGCUAAGUCUGGCUGUUGAUGGCAGGGCUUAGCUCAGUGGAACAAACAGACGCUCUAUAUUGGAGUUUCCAGCUUCAUGUUAGUAGAAGACUGUUGGAACUUACUAACUACUUACCCUGUGAGGGCACCAGGGCAAUCCUGGCACUAUAACCACUAACCAGCCAGUGUGCUGUAGUGGUUAUGGUGCUUGGACUGUACCUUUUUAAAAUUGGACAUUACAGCUAAAGAUGGGGACGGAGUAAGCCUUUUAGAUAUUUACAAACUCUCUUAUCUUUUAUAGACUGGGAGUGACACCAGAAGUGGAAGUAUGUAUCCCUUACAUUCCCUGCCCCAGGACAUAUCAUCACCUGUCCAAGCUAUGCUUCCUAUGAACUGUCAUUAGUUCCCAUGUUUAUGACCCACCUGCUGAAUAAUCUUGUUUACUGUUAGACCACAGCUACUGCAAUAAUGCUUUUAAACAAAACUCACACCUAGGGUCAUAAACACCAGUCAGACUCGUAUAGUGCCAGAAGAGUGAAGGCGAGGUCCUCAUUUUCUCCCUAGGAGAGCCGACUUUUUUAAAAUUCUUAAUUGGGAAUAUAGCUUAAAAAAAAAAAAGCUGCAGAUCAACUAUCUUCAGACUUUGUAAGCCCUCCCUUAUUCCCAUCACAGGCUCCUAGUCUGAGCAAGGAAAUAACCAGUCAGAGGCCAUUGAGAAUCCUCUAAUUCUGAGUAAGCUGAAGUACUUUAUAUGUGUAGCGUGUUUCUUUAAUAUAAAGUUAGAAUUAAAUCGAGCAUCUUGGGAAAGAAAGGUUAACACAGGUUAUAAAUGGCUUUCAAAAUUUUUAUUCAAUGGAGUACUUUCCAGAGAUGCCACAGUUCCCUUUUUAAGGAUCAAUGACUGCCUUCAUUCUAGAAACUUAAAGAACCACUCCUGGCACCAUAACAACAUCAUUACAAUGCAGGUUUUAUGGUGCAAGGAGGUUCCAGCCACCGGUUUAAAUAAAGGUGUUAAGUUGUUCAUGAGUGAUUUUAACCAUAGAGCCUUCAAGCACUGCCCCUGUACUUAUGCUCAACAUUCAAGACUUCAAUCAGGAAGUCUUGGACCUGGAUUGUUGAUCUCUGCCUAUCAGUAGCUCCCCACUGAGAAAAGAUAGGAGGAGGUGUGUGUGUGUGUGUAUAUAUAUAUAUAUAUAUAUAUUAUGAAUUUCUGAAAAUUCUUUCUUAUCCCUUCUUUGCUCAGUCACAGGACAACUCGUCUAAACUACGUUUAGCCCCCUGUUGAAUAAACUCAUUGGUUGUUAAAGUUGACCUAUGGGAGUGUAAGAAGACUUGUGAUUGCAUCAAUAAAACAUGGAACUCUCUGUAGCCAGACUGUUCUCAAGUCUAAGCAAAAACAUAACAGAAACAACAAUGAGAAAAAUACAGUAACAAAGAUCAACCCAAAAUACAAACAAGAAGACACAUAUGCGAGAAGAGAGGGACAUGUACAAAACUAGUAUCCACAAAACUGUCACUUGGGGUUGUUGCAUUUUUUUCGUUUUGGUCCCCCCCCCCAUUUUUUUUUUUUUGGGGGGGGGGGAGGGGGGUAUAUCUUUCCAUUUUAAUGGAAUUAACACAUCAUCCCUGUACUACGCAGUGAGGAAUUUCCAUAAAAGCUAUUUUAGAGAUGUUGCAGGUAUGAAUCGGCGGCAAUACAUUUUUACAAUUUUGGCAUCUAGAAGGAGCAAAGACAUUCAAAUUUUUGUUGAAUUUUUUUUUUAUUUUGGUAAUUUAUAGAGUAAAUUUUUAUUUAUUUUUUUUAUAAAACCUCUUGAGAGAGCACGGAUAGCUUAUUGCUUAAUGACCAACACAUCAGGUUUGUAAUGGAAUAUCUUUUUACUCUCUUCAAGUUUGGGUUUUAUGGCGGAUGCUCCCCGAGGUCCGCUUCAUCUUACUCUGCUGUCCCUAGUGCAGUAAAAAGGAUUCAUUCCACAGCAGGAAAGGAUGUGUGAACCCACUCAGCUCAUAAAAAUGAGGGGAAAAAGUCGCAGGAAUUCUACAUUGAAACAUGUCAGCAUUUUGGACUUCUGCCUGGAAACUAUUACAAAUGGAGUCUUGUAGGUUUUCUUUCCCAUUUAGUUUAUAAGGUAGAAAAGAGUAGAAGGUAUUUUGUAUGUGCUGUAAGAUGUACGUGGUUUAGUUAUCUGUAUCUUCUGUCGAUGGGAACAUUAUAAUACGCUCAUAGGAUUCUAGAAAACGGCAACGACUGGUGCCUAUGUGCACAUUUUUAUAAUUAUUUUCUUUUCUUAUUGCUAAGCAUGAUUAUCACAAUCAUUGCCGUUUUUUUUUUUUUUUGCUUUUUAUUCUUUGGGCACAUUGUAAGAUGCUGUAAAGACUUGGCGAACCCUCUGCUGGUGCUUAAAUUGAUUAUAGUGUGUGCUCCUUGAUGACUGUUUAAUAACCAUGGAAAUCAUUAUUGUUAAAUGGUUAUUUUUUUAUUUAUUUUUUUUAAUACUUUUUUCAGAAAGCCCUUUUAAAAAAAUGUUAUACAAUAACAUUUGAAGGUGUGGCUUUUUUUUUAUUUCCACUAUUUGGUAUAACCCAGUUACAUUCACUUUGUACAGAUUGUUUAUCUAUGUUGAGUUGCAUUCCUGACAUUUCCACUUUGCUGAGAUUAGGUAAUGAUUUUAUUCCUACACAUGGAUUUUUGAGCUACUCUUUUCAAACCCCAUCGGGGUAAUUAAAUUUUUAAUGUCUUGAAUCUAGAAAACUGUAACUGUUUUUGUUUUGUGGGGUGUAAUUGUGUGUGGGUGGUGGUGUGUGUUUUUUUUAAUUUUUUUUUUUUUUUUAGAAAUUGAGAUUAGUGACAAUUUUUUUUUGUAUAAGGUGCUACUGACACAUCAAGCUUUUUAAAAGUGCGUUGCGUACACUUUAAAGCAUAUCCUGGCAAAGUGUUGUGGACACGUGUGUAGCCCUUUGAGUUGGUGUGUUACAUCCUGUGUGUAGUGGCACAGAUUUGCAACUAUAAAAAUCUUACAGUAGGGACACAAAUCAAAGCCUGUGUGUUUGGCUGAAAUUGUAAUUUGUGUUAAUGGAAAUUAUUUUCAGACCUGCAUUGAGAAGCAGUUUUCUGUCUCCCUGGCCAACAAAGCAUUAAUGGUAAGGCGUGAGACUUGACGAUUUAAUAAACUAAAAGCCAUUUAUAUCAGCAUAAAUAUGUCUGUAUUUUCUUUCCCCAGACUUUACAUUAUACUAAAUGCUUAAUCAAAAAAAUUUAAGGAUGAGUGUUGCGAAGAUAAGAUUAGUAAUCUCAAAGAGGUGUGAAAGGACUAUUAAUUAUCCCCCCCUGUUGAUAAGGGCCAAGGUGUAAGUUUGACAUAAAUUGCUUCUGUUUUGACCAUCAUGCUCCAUAUUAUUUGAACAGAACGAAGCCUCCUGACAUGAGCCUACAUAGACUUCACAAGGCAGAAUAUGUGUAUUUAGUCUUGAAUCUUUACAACGUCCCAGUACCAUUCACAACAUUGCUCACAUUAGAUUUAUGGUAGACAUGCACAUGUCAGGUUGGAUUUAAAUGUGUGUGUGUGUGUGUGUGUGUGUGUGUGUGUGUAUAUAUAUAUAUAUAUAUAUAUAUAUAUAUAUAUAUAUAUAUAUAUAUUGUGUGUGUGUGUGUGUAUAUAUUUUUAGUUUUAUUUGUGUUAAUGCAUCAUACAAAUUAUGCCUAAGUUAAAGGGACACUGUAGGCACCCAUGCCACUUCAGCUAAUUUAAGUAGUCUAAGUGCUGUGUCCCUAUUGCACUUCCAGAGAAUGUUUGGUUUACAUUGCAGCUCUAAGUCUGCCCUCUGUAGCUGUCCACCAGACAGCCACUGUGGGCGCUUCCGGAAUCUAAACUUACUUUUGGUCCAUUAUCUGAUGCUGGACGUCCUCACGGACCUCCAGCAUCAGAUUUUUCCCAUAGGAACGCAUUGAAUAAUGCUUUCCUAUGGGGAGGUCUAAUGCGUGCGCAGCCAUUGCCUCACAUGCGCCUUAGGUCUCCCCUGCCGGCUGACGUUGGCGGAGGAGAAGUGUGGGCGGGCCAGUGGGUAGGGAGGGGAGAUCCAUUAACCCUAUAGUGCCAGGAAAACCGCUUUGCUUUCUUGGCACUAGAAGAUCCCUUCAAAUGCUCCCCUGACAAUGCAAAACCUUUCAUGCUACUAAAAGGCCAGAAAUGUAUUCAGCAAUCAGGAACACAGUCUUUCCUUAAAAAGAGAAGACAUCAAAACUGUCGGUGAUACAUUUAAGGGUUACGUUUGGCCUACUUAGUGGCGGGAUUAGUUGAUGCUUUAUAAGGCUUCCAUGAGAGGAACAUGAUCAUUGUUUUGGCUUAAAGUAGAACUGUGAGCUCACAGAGAAUUGGAUUUUUAAUUUGGGAAUGUAGUUCAUUUUGACAGUAAGCUGGUCAUUGUUUGUUUAAUUAUGAGGAGUCAAGAUUUUAUUUUCUUCUGUUCUUCCACAGUUUUGUUCCAUCUCAUGAGAGGGACACUAUGAACACCUAAACAAAACAUGGUCCUUGCUAAGUGAAGGUUUGUCGGCUUUACUCUGCUGUGAUUGGCUAACAAGUGUCAGCUAUUUCCUGGUCUGGGUAGACAUCACUGCAUGAAGUUGCAAAUACUCUGGUGUUUUUUUAAAAAAAAAUCUCGCUUGUUUGCAGUUGGUUUUCAUGCAUUGUCUGUACAAUGCACUAAAAAUAAUCUCCAAAAGAAAAUUUGGGAUUAACUCCUGUGUGGAGGUCCUUCUAAUACUGACCCUGCAUUGGCCAUUUAAAGGACCACUCUAGUGCCAGGAAAACACUCGUUUUCCUGGCACUAUAGUGCCCUGAGGGUGCCCCCUCCCGCCGGGCUCUAGGGUGAGGAAGGGGUUAGACUUACCUCUUUCUUCAGCGCCGGGCAGGGGACUCUCCGCCUCCUCGGCUGAAUGCGCAUGCGCAGCAAGAGCCGCGCGCGCAUUCAGCCAGUCUCAUAGGAAAGCAUUCUCAAUGCUUUCCUAUGGACGCGGGGUCUUCUCACUGUGAUUUUCACAGUGAGAAGCACAGAAGCGACUCUAGAGGCUGGAUUAACCCUAAUAUAAUCAUAGCAAUUUCUCUGAAACUGCUAUGUUUAUAGAAAAAAGGUUAAACCUAGCUGGACCAGGCACCCAGACCACUUCAUUAAGCUGAAGUGGUCUGGGUGCCUAGAGUGGUCCUUUAAGAGCAGCAAAGGUAUUAGUAGUAACUUUUUCCUGUAAACUUGUAUUGUGUAAUUUUUGUAUUUCCAUGUUAUUAAAUAUUGUGCCUGAAGUGUUCCAUUGUGAUUACCCAAGAGGAUGAAUCAAGGUUGUGUUUUUUUUUUUUUUUUUUCCUCCCUCUUCUACAUUAUGCAUAAUUCAAAAAGCACCCAUGCAUUUCUGCUGUAAGUGGAGUUGUCUAGACAGAGAUAGGCUUCACUGAAUAAGAGGGCGCAAUGUUUGCUCAGGUGACUUUUCACAUUGUAAUUAUUUGUUUAAAUGCGAGCAAGCUUCUGUGAAAACCAGUGUUUUCAGGCUGGUUUUAUCUGGAUAUAUCUGAAGCAUGGCUUUCCUUCUAUUGAUUUCCAUGAUCUGUGCUGUAUGAUAAAAAGCUUACUUAAGUGACACUGGAGACAGCUGUCUGUUUCUGCAGAACAUAUCUAUUCUGUUUAAUGGCGCCAGAUAUUUAUUUAUUCACCCCCCCACCCCCCUUUCUUUUUCUGUUUCCUUGCCCCUAAUCUCUGUAAUUGUACCUUUUAGCAAUAUCUUGGUUAAAUUUCUGUGCUAACAAUAAGUCAAAGCAUUUUUUAUUUUUUUUUAUUUUUUUAGCUUCCAUGUGAAUUGUAAAUAGUCAUGAAGUGGUUUAUAUUUAUUUAUUUAUAUGUAUUUUACAUUUUGUGGAACCUGAGCCGCUCUGGUAAGAUAACACGCCGUGAUUGUACAUUCGUUGCUCCACUUGGGAUGUUAGGCUUCGGAAAAUAGCCCGCUGUGCAGUGAUGCUGUUUUGAUAAACAAAAGACCCUCCAAACUUCCUGAAAUGGCAAACCGAUCUUAAAAUAAUAUAGAUCCAGGAUUCUAGUAUUUCAUCUUAAAUUCUAAUGUGUGUAAUAUUAUCAUGUUUAUUUAUUCCUAGUAUCGUAUCUAGUAUCUCAUAUCAGCCCGCUGUUGCCUUUAAAGGGUUGAUGGAGCUUUGAUAUGUUGGGGGGAAAAAAGGAGGCAAUUUUUUAUUGUUGGGACUUCACGUGAUUAAAACGAUAUAAUGUACGUUUUGUGGCCCAAUUUAACUCCAAAGUUUACUCCUGUUUAGCUCUUCAGAUUCCAAACCUAUCAUUCUAUAUGUUAAAUGCAAUAUAAUCUGUCAAACCCCCCAAAAAAUGCCGCAAGAAAACAGUUUUCAAAAAUUUGAAAAGAAAAAGUUAAAACUUUAUCUGUUGUUCACUCUGCAUUCAAUAACAAGUUAAACAUUAGCUUUCUGCGACUCAAAGCUGUAGCUGUCAUAGUACACGUGUUUUUUGUUUAAUUUACUAGAAUUGCUUGGGGGGAAAAAAAAGAUUUAAAAGUAGGUCCCUCUCCUACCUGUUGAUACAUUCUUUAGCACAGAGUUGGCAUAGAUCACAAUGCGGAAGGAUUGAUUUAUAGGGAGAGCAAGAGAACCCUCUUAUAGGUGUCUUUUUGCUUGCCGACACGAGAUCCACAGCAAAUGCUUUUAACACUGGCUCAGGAGUAUAAGAAUGGAGUGAAUGAUGGGUACUAGAAACUAGGUAGGCAUUAUAGAGGAUUGCUUUGCUUGGGGAGGUAAAAUUAAAAACUCGUGUUGGAGGGGCACAGGUGGCACUAUACGCCAUGUGCCCAAAGAGCCUCUGCCAUUAUGGUGUCGGACCAAAUAAAGUUGGUAUCUAGCUCUGUGAUAAAAUAUAUAUUUUCAUUGCCAGUAGGGUCAGUUUCAGUUAAACUAAGGCUCCCUAAAUAAUUCAACUAAUAAAACCUAUAAUAGCAGAUUAAUGGAUGCCCCUUUGCCCUAGUACCGAAAUGCGUGCUUUCUUGCAUGGGCGCAUGUUUAUUAUUAACACACAGACAAACCUCUAAUCUAUCUGUAUCCAUUUUAAUUAUUUUGUUUCAUUUGAGCUUCUUAUUAAAAAUGCAUUGUUUCCAGGAAUUUAAAGCUUCCAAAAGAGAAUGGCCAAGUCAGCAUGACUGGUAGUCUUGAUGGAAAAUUAAAGCUAAAAAUGGCUAAUGGCAUUCAUACUAUCUACGUAACCAAUAAAACAAUGCCAUGUUCAUUAGAUCGAAGUCACAGAUUGGCAGCGUUUUACUGCCAACUGUGGGAGACAACAGCUGCAGGGAAUGACAAGUCCUUUGCUAAAAGCACUAUGUUAAAUAAUUUGUCUCUAAGACUACUUCUGUUUUGCUGGUAGCAAAAUAAAUCCUUGAUAUGAAAGCCUAAUGCUGAAGCUUUUUGUGAGAUCUAGCCAGUGCAAAGUGGACCAUUUCAUUCUUUUUUCUCCUUGUGUUUAAAGUAGAGUAAUAAUAGCUCAAAACCACUUACAUAUUGAGAACUCUGCAUGAACUGUGUAGAUCUAAGAUAUUUUUAUCAUUUUUUAUUUUUUAUAAAGUGCCACAGAAAAUUCUGCAUCGCUGUACAAUAGGUGAACUAACAAAGUAUUAACUAGACAGAUCAGACAUUCAGGAUCAGAAGGUGCUGGGGGCCCUUGAACACGUUUUGGUUUAACCAUCUUUAGGACUAGAUUUACAUCAAUCUAUUAUCAUGAUAAUACUGACUUGCUUGUCCUGCAUGCGUUUGAGGAAAUAUUUUUGCUUUCCAUUUAUUUUAUUUUAUUUUUUUUAAAUAAUUUCUAAAAUUUUCAAAUUGCCCCAAAAGACCCACUUUAAUUUCACCUAUAAUCCAGCAGCUCACAGCUUCUAUUCUUUCUCUUGCAAGAUCUUUAAUUGUGAUGAUUUUGGUCCAGUUACAUGCUGCUUAUAGAGAGGGAUUCCUAUUGUGCAUGUGUGAAAAUUGCUCCACUCUGCCAGUAGAAGUAGUAGUUGUUGUUGUAAGUAUUUAUAUAGCGCCAGCUUAUUCCGCAGCGCAUUACUAUAACAGUUGGACAUCUCUUAUAGAGAAGCACAAAAUCCAAUGCUUCUCUACAAAAAAUUAACAAUAGUUGGCAUGGUGUACUGAAAAUUUUUGCUAUUUGAACAUUUUCGUAAGGAAGUGGCACUCAGUCUGAUUUUUCGUUUGAAAUGGGAAUAUUUACAUUGCCAAAGAAAAGGAACAGUUGUAUGCACCAACAUUGGUUCAUUAUGAUGAAUUAGUUCUGAAGUUGUUUUGAUUUUAGCGUGUGUGUGUGUGUGUAAUCUUUUAUUUUUUAUGAUGGUGCCUGGUAUACCGUCGGAUACCAGUGUUUUCUCUUUAAUGCUUCCGUAUUCCCAACCCUUCUAUCUAUAACUUCUGUUGCUUAGUGGAACUACAUCCUAAAUGUGUUCUACAAGUCAGGAGAGCAGCACCCUUAACAAACAGUAAACAAAGAAACCGAAGUUAAUACCGUUAAGGAAUUCCAAAGAGCUAAUUUUAAAUCACUAUGGCUUGGAAUAAUGUUUUUCCUUCUUGAGAUUUUCAUUCUAAUUGUUGAUUCUAAUGACCCAAUGUGUUCCUAUUUUAAGUCUAGCACAGCUGUUCCCUGGGUAUUUGAAAUGUUUAUAUUUUGAGCAGUAGCUGUUAAGGGGACACGGCUAUAUCUGCCGAAACUCUCUUGUUUCGCCCAAUAAUGCUGUUUUUAGACUCGCUAAAUUACACAGGAACUCCAGGAACUCUGUCUCCCUAGAUUUUUGUGUCAAUAUUUUUUUUUUUUUUUCGUCGCCUGAUUUUUAUUUAAAUGAGCAGCUGUGCGUUUUGUUCAUGAGCCAUGCUGUAAUUAUUUUUUGAUUCUGCUUCAACACAAAAACAAGAUUUAUUUAUUUUUCCUCCUCUUUUACGCUGAGUAAUAGCUAUUUCCAUUGAACCAAUUCCAGCUUGAGGGAAAGGCAACAUUUAUAUUGAAUACUGAUAAUGGACUUUCUUCUCCUUCUUGUAUUUGAGAUUGGGUUUCUUGCUGCUAAACUUGACUAUUAAAUAAGACCACAGCUUUUUUUUUUCUUUUCUUACAUGUUGAAAUAGUUUUGAUAUUUUGAGUGGUGUGUUAAAGGGGCACUCAGAGUUCCGUUACCAUUGCAGCUUGUUGUGGUGGUCAUAGUGCCUGAAUUCUAUGGGUGAAAUUAUUCCCCACUUUUUUUUUUUUCUCUUCUCAAACUACUUUCAAAGAGUUUGACAAAAACUGGAGAUUCCUUGGCAAUUGAAAGCCACCUUCUCAGCUGGAGACAUCUUAAUGAGGAUGGUUCCCUUCCUCAUUAUCAUCUAAAAAUAUUUCUACAGCAUGAGCACUGGUGGUUUUGAGGCGAUUUGUGAGCACAAGGUUUAUAGAAGGGUUUGGCUUCUCCAAUUCCAACUAUUUAGUACUGCCAAAUCUGUAACCCCUUUCAGUGGAAAUCGCUAUUUCAAAAGUUUUACAGACAUUUUGGCAUGGCUGAAUUUUCAUGUACCUCCGUACUUACAGCCCAUUGUUGCUGAGCAUGUGCAUGUACAAACAUUUGGAUAUAUAAUGAAAAAGUUAACUUCCUUUUUAUGACCUCUUGUGGUGGUGGUGGUGGAGUGGGGUUGAGGUACAAAAUGGGUUAAGAAAGCAAAAACCUUAAUGCUUCAAUAGCCUCCUUGUGCGUUAACUACUACAAUAAGCUUGGAGUGACCGAACUUUAAGUUGAUUGGGUAAUGGUUUUAAGGGACAUGAUAUAUAUCUUCUCCCUGUGUGGCUAUACUAUUUUUAAGAACUGUAAUCAAAUGUUCAGUUCUUGGUUUUUCAAUAGUUUAUUACAUUUAUUAAAACUAAAUAGGAUAUAUAUUAUUUUUCAGACUCUGUUAUUUGACAAACUGUUGUUCAACUUUGCUUGUUUUUUGUGAACUGGCAGUGGCAAGUUCGUUUGAGCAGCAUUUGGUCAACUAAUAGGAAAGUCUGACCUAGCCUAAUAAAAUAAACCCCCCUCCCCCAAAAAAGUGACAUUUUCUAAAAAGGAAAAAAGUCAAAAUACAUUAAAUGGUGUUUUUUUUUUUGUGUGUUUUUUAAUCCUUGUGUUUUUAAGGUUAAAACCUUAUGACCGUUACAUUUUAAAAGUAAACUAUAGUGCCAGGACAACAAAGUUUUUGAAAGCAUUAAAUAUUAAAGCUAGCAUACACACAUAUAGAUUGAAGCUGUACAUAAAGCAUAUUAGUAAUUGCCUAAAAUAAACCAUAAAGGUUGAGAACCCUGGCAUGUAGGUGAGGCUGUGUGUCCUGACCUAAAUGUGUAACAUUCUGCUGUAGAGCGUCCUCUUGUAUAUGUUUUUAAAGUUAUGGUGGCAUACAGCCUCUGGCCUUACUUUUGGAGUGCUGGGAUUUUUAUAUUUUUUUUGUCUAUUUGGGAAGUAUUGAAGUGUUGAUACUGUCUGCCGUGAAAGCGUGCAACUGAAUAUCGUGUCGGUGAGUCACUUCUUUCUAAUACCCACCUGCUUAUGACUGUACGAGAGUGGGAUUUUGGGACGUAUCCAAGUGGUUUUGUGGCUUAAGCCUGGUUUUUCCUCAUUUUGGUUAUCGUAAAAUCUGGGGAUAUUUCCAAGUUGCCAGUCUGACUGCGAUAUACAAACAAAGGUGUCCGGUUAACUCUGGUACAUGGAGUGUACUCGGUCCUUUUGUAAUGUGUUUCCAAUGAUGACUGCUGAUUCCAGUGCUAUUGUGAUAUGUCCUUUCUUAUCUAGUCUGGCAGUGCAAGAUGCUAGCUUUACGAGAUUUGCAGAUAACUGCAUGUUUUUGUUGAAUAUUUGUAGAUAAUGUUACAAUUUGUUCUGAUUUUGGAAUCUAGCUGAUAGGUGAAUAACUUUGUGUCUUAUAUAUUUAGUAGUAAAGGUGAAGGCCCUUUAUCCUGUACCACCCCCUCCCCCCCCCCUUCUUCUUUAAUAGUUUCCUUACAACAUAACUGAAAUACAUGCUUACUGGGAGAGCUAUUUUCAUUGAAGCUGUGUGAAAAUGUAUUUUCUGCACUCGGCCCCAGUGCAUUUUACAGCUACACAUUACAUAGCUGCAAGCAAUGUGCUUUGUGUAUCCGUAGCCGGUUGCCUGGAUCUCAUGGGAGAGGUGCCUUCUCUCAGAAAUGUACGCAGUAGGGCUGCGUAAAAAGCUAUGCUGUGGGAUAGGGCUGCGUAAAAAGGGAUUUAAAAUUCUUUUUGGGCAUUGGGAUGGAGAAAGGUGUAUCAUCUUUCAAUUCCAUUCUAGUGUUUCUGGCUGUUUAUUGUUCCUUAUUAUGUCUGCAGAACUACUCUUGAUGCUUGUGCGUGUUUUUUGUUGUUGUUUUUUGUGUGUGUGUGUAUUCUUUUUAUGUAUUCAAAUCAGAGAGAGAGAGAGAUUGAUUUUUGACCCAUUGCGUGAUUCUUUAAAAAUCAUUAUAAUUAAUAGGUCUGGGCCUGUUACACAUAAUUAACAGUAUGAAACAAUAAUUAAAAAGGCAAGGUAGAGCAUGUUUGCUGGUUUUAUUCCAAAACGUACUUGAUUAGCUUUUGGCAAAUCUGUACAUUUUCUUUUAUUGGUGAGAGUGAUUGAAGGUUCAGCUCGUUGGGUGUCAAACUGUAGCCCCUCUACUAAACCCUGUCUUCCACACCUUUUUCAAUAAACCUAUUAAACUGCUGUUUUAGAACAUUCAUUAUCCUUGUAUGUCAAUUGUGCAAUAAUUACGUGAACCUAAAUCUGUCCCUUGCUGUAAUAUAGUCAAAAGUAAUAAGAUAUAUAUAUAUAUAUGUGUGUAUGUAUGUAUGUAUGUGUGUGUGUGUGUGUAUGUGUAUAUAUAUAUAUAUGUGUGUGUGUGUGUAUGUAUGUAUAUAUGUAUAUAUAUGUGUGUAUAUAUAUAUAUAUAUAUAUAUAUAUAUAUAUAUAUAUAUAUAUAUAUAUAUAUAUAUAUUUUUUUUUUUUUUGUCAGCCGUUUAUUUGCUGGCAUUUAAUUUAUUUUUGUUUUACAUUAAGACUGAAGGAACUCAUCUGACGCUGUCAGCCUAUCUAAGCUGCCCCUUAAUACUGACGCUAUUGAGGAAGCAUUGGCCCGAGCAAAAUGUAUAAAGAAGGAAUAUAAGUGGUUAUGGUGCUUAGAACGUCUCUUUUUAAAUAUGCAAGUUAAACUUUUGUCUUUGCCAGAAAUCUGUAGGAGUUUUGCACGUCUACUCUACGUGGUUUUGUAGGAUAUGUUGUCCAACAUACAGCAGUUAUGAAAGUAAUGUUUACGAGCACAGGGAAUUGCCUGUGAUGUCACUGACCAAGGUUCGGUUAUUUUCAGCAAUUGGUUUAUUUGCUUUUUUUUGCGAAAUUUUGUAGUGCUAAGGAAUCGAUUUUUUUACUGGACAUUCUGUCCAUUUUUGCUACUUUUUUAUUUUUUACGCAAAUAUUUUAACAGCUGUUGCUUUAAUUUAGUGGAAAUAUUCUUGGUUAACUGAAUUAACAUUUUGGGAAAAAAGUAAGCUUUUUGAUUUUUCUAUUUGUUUUAUGUAUAAACCCAAAUCAGCGUUGGAGAUGUUGGACAUACUGGUGACAAAUCAGACGUUUGAAGGUCUGCAAUCUGUGCAUGGACAAUAAAACCUGCCCGGCCUGUCUUUUAGGAAAUGCUGUUACGAUAAAGAUCUUGAGAUUCCAUUCUUUCUCAAAUGUUGUUGAUGUUGUAGUUGGAAAUGCUAACAAGAAUCUAUGGUUAUAAGCGUAAAGGCUAGAACCUACAAGGAGCAAAGAAUGAAAUGGUGGUAGUUGCUUUUAUGAAUUGAUUGUAGAUAGAGAGAGACUGGUCCUAUUCAGGAAAUUCAAAUUGGUGUAAAGUUUUCUGCUAGGUUACACAGAGCUCUGUUGGAGAAGACCGCGUGACCCCAAUUUCUCGUGCGACUGUCUGCAACUGGGACAUCAAGUUGAGUUGCACUUUGUUAGUUGAGGUGGACAGCUGUCUAGAUGAGAGCUAAGAUUUUUAAUUGAAUCCCAAAGGAUUCAACCAGCCUGUGUACUGAUUGACAGAGGUGUUAAGUUAGAACAAUGGUGCUCUAACAAUGAGCUCAAAAAAACAAAACAAAAAAACUGAGAAUCCAGACUCACAAAGGAAAAUUAUUAAAUGUUUUUAUUUAAAGGUUUACACUAACACCAACGAGAUACCAAAAAACAAUGGUCUGUAUUUGAGAAAAUAAGUGUACAUAAACAUCUAUUUAUACAUAUGACUAAUUAUUAGUUUUAUAAAUGACCAUCUAUUAGUUUCUAUUUCUGCAUAUGACCUUUUAUUAGUUUAAUACAUUUUUGAGUGCAAAAUUUAUUAGUUUUUCUUUUUGGUUGGUUAGGUACAUGGUGGAGUCAUACCUACUUGAGUCCUGCACCAAACUAUUUCUGUUCAGGUGGUAUACUAUUCAUUGCUGGAAUAAUCUUUCAUAUUCAAGCAACAUUUUAAAAACCCAAAAGACAUGGAAUGAUUGUGUCUAAUAUUCUCAAAGUUUCUAAAAACAUUCUGAAUUUUAAUUAUUAACUAGCUAUUUUACAAUAAAACAUUAUUUUUUUUUUAUUUUUUUUUUUUCAACAAUUUAUAUAUUAUAUAUAUAUUAUAUUUUUAAUACAAUUUUACAGUACAGUUGUUAGGUGGAGUUUAAUGGUCCCUUUUCUUUGACUUCUGAGUUGGGGGUGGUUCCAAGGGUUGGAAAAAAUGCUGACAGCAUAAUGGGAGUUGCGUUUCUACAAAAGCUGGAAUGAAUAAACUAACAUCACACAAUUAAAAAUAGUUCUAUAUAGAAAAUGUGAACUAAAAGCCAUUUUCUAAUUUUAGACCACAGUAUCCUCUAGUACUACAAGGCAGUUAAAAAAAAAAACAAAAAAAACAUAAAACUCCACAACUACUAAACAAAAGGUGUGCACCCUGUAUCCAGGAGGGACACAUUUUCCAAGGAAAGAAGGAUGACUUUGUAACUUGUAAGUGCUGCUUUUUUUUUAUUUUUUUAUUGAAUUCAACGUCUGUCAUAUCCUUAUUUAGAGUUCUUAUGAUCUAUCCUUUUUAUACAUUUUAUUUUCGAGCACUUUCUGCACCUAAAUAACAAGUGAAUCAUUAUUACAAGGAGUGUUCCAAUUGGUCCAUUCCACGUGUGAGCUCUGCAGCCAAUAGCCGGUCCUGUUUGGUUCUGAAGUUACAAGCCGUUCCUAAACAAACCCAUGUUGCUCUGACCCUACCUUCUAAAUGUGCCAUCACGGGUAUGCUAAAAGAAUUCAAUCUAUAAAUAGAGAGCCACAUCUUCUAAUUUAGAUUUGACUAAAACUUCUGUUCUGGUUCUCGUGCGUCUACAGAUUGGGAAAUAGGACAACAGUCCAGGUGCUAAGCAUGACUAGACACAUUGGUUUAAGUGUAAGUUUCAAAAAAAAAAAAAGGUCUGCUGAUAAGUAAGAUGUAUUUUGUUUCAACUUUGUCAAAUUAAAACCGUUUCUUAAAGGGACACUCCAUUCCAGCAGGUUAACUGCAUGUUGUUGCAGGGUUGUUUUUUCUGAAAUUGAGAAAUUUACAUUUAUUAUUAUUUAUUUUUAAUUCCCCUUAAUAACACCUCCUGACUUUCGAGCAGAAAGCUUUCAACUCUUGUUCAUAGUGGAAGCAAGUGCUUCUCUGGGAGAAGCAUUGUUAUUGUGUACUUUUAUGGUUUUUCUUUGAGACAAACCUGAUUGGUCUCAACUCUUCCCUAAUGAUGACUUUGCAGGAAUUGGCUUAGAACGGUAAACUCGUGGAUAAAGCGUUUCAUUUUAACAUUUUCAGUGCUGAAGGUGGGUUUAUCAUCUAAAGACUUUAAGGCAUACUCCAAUAAUAAAAAAAAAAAAUUAAAAUUUUUUUUUUUUUAUUGGAGUGUUAAAAUUAAGCUUGAGUACUGUGCACUAUUCUGGCAUGGAAACGAGCUGCUGUUAUAUUUUCCUCAUGUUAAAAUUAAAACUGCAAUGCAUCUAUCUAAAUAGUCUACUCUCGGACUGCUUUGGUGCAAAACAAAAAUUCAGAGUUGACACGAGCAUGUUCUAGUUAAUGCUUUGUUAUCCAACGAUAAUUGCCUGUGGUAUUUACUAAUGUGAUUCAACUUAUCCAAAGUCUCCACUGACCAUCUGUACUUGGCACGGUUUCUCUGUUGCUAGGACUCUGCGUUAAGAAGAAUGUCAACUCACUGUUUACUUAGGAAGAUGCUCCCAGUCACAAACAAUUCCUGUCGGAGUUCAUGGGUGCUAUUUAGACGAUUCUGCCACUUAACUAAAUUAAAAAUAUAUAAGCUGCUGAACUAAACUAAAAAUGUAAAAUGAACAAUAAGACUCCAGUGUGUCUAAGCUAUAUGUAAGAGGGAACUUGGCUUAGGUUUGAACUAGUCUUGAGGUUGCAGAGAGCUACCCAGGAGCCAAGUGGUCUGACUAAACCUAGGUUGAAAACAAACCAAAAUCUGUCCAAUAACACGGUAUUCAUUCUGUUUUUCUAAAUCAGGGCGUGUUAUUGCUUCAUUUUCCCCAAAUGGAGGGGCUACUUGUUGAUGGGCGGUCAGCGUGCCCCUUAGCUUUGCUGUCCUCUUUGUACAUAAAUUUUAAUUUCUUUAAUAUGGACCAUUGUUGGUCAGUUUUCGUAUGCUUAUUACAUUGUUGCACAUUUCUUUUAAAGUGUCUGUGAUAGUCUGGGCUAGAUGUAAAAAAAACAUAAAUGAAUGUGGCUGAAGUAGCCAAAUUCACACAGUUGGCAUUCGAAUGGCUGGUAGUACUUGGUACCUCUAUUGGAUAGAACAUUUCCAGCAAGUUAGUUCACGAGGAGUCUCUUUGGUAGAGUUGCUACUUUUAGCUGAAUAUAUUGUGGCCCCAAGAUAUCUGUGCAAUCCAGGCCUGCAGAACCUAAUACAGAGUACUCUGUUACAAAGCUGUAAGUAAUAUAUGUGCUGAUGUUGCCUCCAGAGGUUUGUGAAUGAGGAUCUGUGCUGAGCACACUAGAUCACCAUAGGGACCAUUGACCUUAUCAAAUGUCAUUUUGAAUGCCGUAAAACUCGCUGCUAUUGGUCUCUAGAGUAGCAGAACCCUUUUAAAAUGGAGCAAUCCUGCUUCUCCAUAUGACAGUCCAUGGUUUUGGCAGAUUCUAGGUGAACACCACCUGCCUAAGUACAUAUUACCAACUGUAAAAGGACGAGGUCUUGGCGACGGUCUUGGUAUGAUUUGCCUUGUUCAGGCUGAACUCGUCCUACCAGUGGAAAAACCUCUUACCGAUACAGCAUACAAUAGUAUUGCAGACUACACUGUGCCUUCUGCUUUGUAGGAGCCGUUUCUCCAUGAUGGCGUGUACGCCGAAUUGGCUUGUGGAUCACUUUGGAAGAAUAUAACUGGCAUACACAGUCUUGACCUCAAAUCCCACUGCACACCUUCUGAUGAACUGCAUCAAACCAUUGCCUGACCUCUCAGUUUUUAAUGCUGAACAGAGACAGACGACCCCCCUGCAACUGUGUUCUGGCAUCUAGUGAGGAACAGCCUUCCUAGAGGAAUGUUAAUUACCUUCAUUUUGGAAUGAGAUGUUCAUUAAGCAGGUGUCUUACAUGCUUUGAGCUACAUAGUGAUAGUUUUUUUUCACCCCCUCUUCUUUACGAAAGGAGCUAAAUUUGGUGUUUAGCAAGAUUACUGGUUUUGAGAACUGUGCAACUCUGUUUAAUAUGCAACUCACAUGAAACUCUUUCACAGACACAGGUUUAGAGUUUGAACUUCAGAUUGUAACAUUUUGAUUGAAGGCUUAAAUUAUAGAUGAGUACAAAAGGAUUGCAGUUGCUCAAAAAUGUGAUAUUUCAAGCAAACAAUUAGAGGUACUGCCAUAUCUCUGAAACAGACUCUUUCUGUAGUUAGUACAGUGGUACUCUAACUUACCUAAACACCAAGCAGAUAUAUUUAAAGGGACACUAGACUCAGCAGAACUACUACAGCUUAUUGUAUUUGUUCUGGUGGGUAGAAUCAUUCGCUUCUGGCUUUUUGCAGUAAACUGUCUUUUCAGAGAAAAUGCAGUGUUUACAUUAGAGCCUAGUGAUAACUUCACUGGCCACUCCCCUGAUGGCUGCUAGAGGUGCUUCCUGGGGCAGUGCUGCACAGCGUGACUGCCAUUCAGGAUCUCCACUCUCUGCAUGGACACACUGAACUUUCCUCAUAGAGAUGCAUUGGUUCACUGAUUGGUAAGGGCAGUGUUUGGCUUGUGCUGGCUCUGCCGCUGAUCUGCCUCAUUGACAGUCUCAGCCAAUCCAUUUUUAUUGGCUCAGAACAUACCUUCUGAUGAUGUCAGCCAAGCCGGUAGAUCAGCGGUAGAGCCAGAAGCAGCAGACUGGAGUAAAGGUAAGAUUUUGCUAUGGUUAGAGAAGAAAGUGGGGACCAGAGGGGUUGGAUGGUGGUUUUAACACUAUAGGGUCAGGAAUACAGUGUUCAUUUAAGUAAUGAACCCCUAUAGUGUUAAUUUAAAUAAUACAGACCUUCUUUUAACAUGCCAGAGAGGGGGUAAUGUCCUUUUUGUAUUGGUUAAAUAUAGGCCUUGCUUCUAUCACUGGAUAACCCGUGUAAUAUGUGAAUUAUAAAAUUCAGAAAAUUGGCUUACAGGAGUCUGUAGUAAAUUGGCUUUCAAUAUUAAAAGACCAUAAAUUAAAGUUUUAUUUCUACAUUAAAUUUUUUAAUUUUUAAAUUUAAAGUUGGAAGGUGUGUGUUGGAAUGGGGAGACAGAGUUGAGUAAUUGUGGUUUCAGUUCUAUGAAACCAGUAUUAAAUCUCUUCCAACCUUAUCCUACUCCUCCGUAGAACGUGGUAAGAAUGGCCAUCAGAAAUUCAUACCAAAAAUCUCAGUGUUGCUUUCGUCAAUUCUCAGUAGAAAACUCAGCUAAAGCUAAAGUUCCAUAUCCAUUUUCGAAUGAACAUCUGAUUUCUUUGAAGAUGCUGCUAUUUUUCUUCCUUGACUUGCUUUGGAGCCUGAUGUUACAAGAUUCAGGAUAAAAAUAAACCAUUAUCUCAUUUGCCACAGUGGGAAAGGCCUGGUGUACUGUCUCUGUAAUCACACUGACAAAAAAAUCUCAAACCUUUUUUGUUUAAUAUGCUGUAUAACAAGAUGCAGAAUUUUUCUGCUGAUAUCCAUAAAUCUCAAACUAGAUAUUUUGUAAGCUUGGUAAAUUCUAAAUCUCAACAAUACAUUUACAUUUAUUUUUUUUUCUCUUUACCAAAGGAGCUAAAUUUGGUGUUUAACAAGAUUACUCAUUUUGAGAACUGUGCAACUCUGUUUAAUUAAAAUGUAAGAUAUAAAAAAUAUUUAAUAUAAUGGCCCCCAAUUUUUAGUACCGAAAACUUCCAUUGAUGGCUGUGUGAAUGGUCUGUGAAUGGUCUAAGCUCUAUUUUUGGGGAUGACAUAUUUUCAGUGCUUCUCCCCUUAAUUUGGAUAGGAAAACCAGGUAUAAAGGCUAAUCAAAGUAAGAGGCACAUGUGGAAACCAGGAAGUCAUAUAAAUUUUUCUUUUAUAAUUUGCAGUUUUACUUGGCUUGAUUUUAUUUAUUUUUGGGGUGGGUGUAAUUAGACUAAAGUGAACAGAGUGAGGUAGAUUUAUAAAUCACUAGGACUUUAUUUAAUCUUUCCAAAUUAUUCAAUACUCUAAAAAAACAAAAAAAAGACAACUAAUCAAAUUAUUUACCCACAAAAAUUCCCAUAAGCUUCAAUGAGUCUCAGUCUCAAUUGAGGAAGUCUGAUGCUGCUGGUAACCUUUGUGGUUAAACCGUUUGAGAAUGAUGUUGUUAUGGUGCCCAAAGUGUUGUUUUCAUUUUAAUAGUUAUUUCCAUUUAAGUCCUUGACUUCAUGCUUGUAGUAUUCUGAGUAGUUAAAUGGCAAGCUGUUAAUAUUUACCUGUGACUUUUUAAUUAUCUGGUCUGAGACGGACAUCUACAAGUCGUGUACAAAAAAAAUAAAACCAAAAACCUGAAGUCUUCUGGGUAAAAAUUGUGAUACUUUGUUUUACAUUUUUUUAAUUUUUUUUUUUUUUUUUGUGAUUCAGGUGCUGCUGUAUUGUAAUAUUAUGUUGCCUGUAAAGGAACUCACACUGUGAGAGCUUUGUAUUAUAUUUGGCAUAUUGCUUUAUGAAUAACGUGGGUAAUCCUGUUGCAUUUCUGCCUUUUGUAGUUAAAUAGCAGAGUGAGCCAACCAGCAUUCUAUUGCUUUUUAACUGUAUUUGAACUAGAACCAGUGUGUAAUCUCAAGUGGUAUAUUUUUUUUUUUCCAUAUAUGGUUUUUAUUGAAAUGUCAUUGAAGUGGUACAUCAUAGUAUAAAUUCAGGUUAAAACAACAUACAUUGAUUUUAUCACAGUUGUCUUUAACAUUCAGGUGCUGUAAUAACCCAUGAAUUGGCAAUGUGCAUUCCACAAUUCUACAUUUCAGUUUUUCUUAUAACUUGAGGGAUAAUGGGGAGGGAUACAGAAAGGAAAAAGGGGGGAGGGGGUUGGGGGGGGGGGUAGGGGGCGCAUGAGUUCAUUUAUGUACAUUCUGGUAGUUUUGCAUAUUUUGUACCUUGAGUUGUGGACGUAAUGUCAUAUUAUUAAUAAUAAUAAAGCCUGUGAUAGUGACCCACACUUCAUCUUAUUUGGUUAACCAGCUACCCCAUUCUUCCUCGAAUUUUUCCCCUCGGCCUUGAAGUCGGUAGGCCAUAUGCUCAUAGGAGCUGAUCACAUCUAGCUUUUGUGUAACUGCCAGUAUAGUGGGGGGGGACUUGUUUUUCCAUAGUGAGGCUAUAUUGACCUUCGCUACUGUGAGUAUGUUGAUAAUUACUUUCCUAUGGGGUUGUCUCCUCAAGUCGGGUAUCAUGUGUAAUAGGCAUUGUGAUGGCGUGCAUGAUAGACUCAUUUGCGUAGUUUUUAAUAUUAGUGACCGCACUUGUGCCCAGUAAGUGUGCAAUCCCGGGCAUUCCCAGAAGAUGUGUAGCAUUGACCCUUUCGCUCGUUCACAUCUCCAACACAUUUCCGAUGAAUUUUGGUACAUUUUAGCCAGCCUCUGUGGUACUAAGUACCACCGCAUGAUUAUUUUACAGUAUGCCUCCCACAGUGUUAGGCUUCUGGAUGCUUUUUUUUGUCCAUGUCAUGGCCUCAUACCAUUGGUCCAUGGGAAAUGUCGUUCCCAAUUCUUUUUCCCACUGAUGCAUAUAAGCUAGUUUUGUUGGAGAUGAGGAUGGGCCACCUAGGAUGGCGUUGUAACAGAGAGACAAAGCUUUUGAUUUUGUCGGUGAUAGAGCACGAUUAAGAGUCAGAGUUGCUGUUUGGGUGUUUGCCCGGAGUUUUAUUAGUUUGGUUGCCAGUAUAUUUUUUACCCUUAGGUAUAGGAAUAGGUCUCUUGAGUCUAGAGAGUACUGCCUUUUUUUUAGAUUAGGGUAUGGUUUGACAUUGUCUUUCUCCAGUAGGUCCUGCACUGAGUGUAUCCCUUUCUGUCCAAGUUUUUACAGUUAGGUCUGGGGAUAAAGCCGACAAGGCUUCUAUCGGGGCCUCUCUCAGCAAUUUAUCGGCGGGCAGUAGUGUUGGGCUCCAAGCUAUCCAGGAGGCCAGUAAGAACCGCGUGCAGUGUAGUGGCCCUAUACUCGUCACUCUGGGGAAGCUGUUGACCCACAAGGUGUACGUUAUGUCGUAAGGACGCAGACAUGCGUUUUCUAGGGGCAGCCAUAUAGGGUGAUGUUUUGUCAGUGUAUGGUUUAAGAGUCGUAUCCCCUGUGCCAAUAUUGUAGCUCUGUAGUACGCCCUGAUGUCUGGAAGUCCCAGGCCCCCUUUUAUGUAGGGGAGUCCCAGUUUGUUCCUUGCUACUCUGGGUGGUUUUUUCUUCCAGACAUGAGCGUUUAUCACGCUUUGGAAUCUGUUCACCAAUUUGUUUGGUAGCGCUAUGGGUAUCGUACGAAAGAGGUAGAUAAUUAAUGGAAGAAUCAUCAUCUUUAGCGAGUUUAUUCGACCUAACCAUGAGACGUCUAAAGUUGCCCACUUUCCCAAGUCCCGGUCGAUGCGUCGUAGUAGCGGUAUAUGAUUCUCCUGGGGGAGGGCUGGAACUGUUUUCGUCAAUUGUAUACCCAGGUAAUUCAAUGAUUUGUCUCGCCAGUCAAAUUGAUAUAAGCCUUUUAGGUCCGCGAGUAUGUCGUGUGGGAGGUUGAUUGGCAACGCCUGUGUCUUAGUGGAGUUGUUCUUGUAAUAGGAUAUUAAACCAUACGCUCUCAGCAACUCUAGUAAGUGUGGGAUAGAUGAUUUCGGCUCUACGAGAAAGAGGAGAAUAUCGUCAGCGAAUAGGGAUAUCUUUUUGGGACCUCCGGGCGUGUCUAGACCCUUGAUUUGGGGGUUUUCUUUGAUGAGUCGCAGUAGGGGUUCUAGGCAUAGUAUAAAAAUGAGCGGGGACAAGGGGCAUCCCUGACGUGUGCCGUUCUGGAUGUUAAAGGGCUUUGAGAGAAAACCCGUGCUGAAUACUUUGGCUGACGGGGUUUUAUAGAGGGCCAGAAUGCUGGAGAUGAAGAGUGCUGGGAAACCCAUUUUAGUCAGUAUCUGUUCCAUGUACCCCCAGUGUAAGCGGUCGAACGCUUUUUCCGCGUCCAAAGCUAAUAUCAGUCCUUUUUGUGAGGUGCGGUUUGCCCAAUCAAUUAGGUUGAUAAAGUGUCUGGUGUUAUCCCCUAUUUGUCUGCAAGUGGUAUAUUGACGGCACAAUUGUGGCCUGCGUUUUGGUUUAAUUCGGCCCCACGGGUACUUUGUUAAAUCUAUACGUUGUGGUCCCGAGUGAAUCCCCGAGCGCCGCUGAGAACUUGCAGUCCCGCGGCGCUCAAAGAUCCAGAGAUUCUCUAGAUCUUUGAACGCCGCGGGACUGCAUGUCCUCAGUCUGCGUUCUCGCGAUCUCUUGGACAUCGCGGAAGCUCAUCGAAGUCGCAGGAUUUGGACAGAGGGAGAAGGGGCGGAAUAAAGGGAUCUGUAUGGUGACGGAAUAAAGGGAUCUGUAUGGUGAUGGAAUGAAAAGUAUACUGUUGGCAAUAAACUUUGCAUAAAAUAGUUAAUUUGCAUUUAAUUUUAAUGGUUCAAAGAAUGUCAGGCAAAAUGGUUGUCUCUCACGCAUGUUCACUUUAAUCAAAUCUAGCCCACUUUAAAGGUUUAGACACCCCUGGGUUAGGCCAUCCUACAUGCUUAUUACCUGUUGCAAUAAUUUUUUUUUAAAUUUCUAAAGAUCAUUAUUGACGGGAAACUUGUUUAUUCAGUUGAUCUAUUGUCCUACACGUAUGUAUUUAUGUAUAAUACUAAAUCCCCUAUAUAUUAUCCAAGGUAAGCUUUAGGAGAAACCUGCCACACACAGCAGAUGGACAUGCAGAUGAGAACAGAUUUUUAGCUUUCAAGGAGCCUGCUUUACAAGGGGGGUCUAUAUUUCUAUAAAGCAUAGUUUGACUGGUAUCAACUCUCCUUUGCUAGGUUGCAGCAUAGAGCAUUUGCCUCCCUGCCAAUCAGGGGAGAUAAACGUAUAUCCCUGACUAGACUUGUGCAUGUUCUACGUGGUAACAAACUGUCUUUAUAUAAUUUAGCAGCAGAGAACUUUUCUGCACUAACUGUCUGGGAUGGUGGUGUGCUCCAUUAUGCCACAUGGAUAAGAAAGGGGAGCCUAUGAGCUGUCUCUGCACCAGCAACGUGCAGGGACAGCUCCUUUACUUCUUAGUAGUGGAUGGGGCUUUAUUUCCAGAUCUCUCUCUGUUGGCAGUGAUUUUGAAGUCCAUGUUGGUAGCUGGACCUUAAAAGUUUCUCUCCACUGCACGCCAUAGAGCAAUACCCACCUGAGGUUAAUCUUUACUCACCAAAAUAAAAUACGCACGCAAGCACUCUCUCUCGCUCCUCUCUCUCUCUCUCGUCCCCUCUCUCUGUUUCUCUGUCUCUCUCUCGUUACUUUAUUUUGUGUGUUUUUGACUAUAUGUUUUAAAAAUGUAAAUGCACAUACUCCCAUAAUACAUAGCAAGCGGAGUGGACCAUUUUACCUCUCCAUCCAUAAACCAGACCGGUCCAAACCUGCGACUGCUGGGGUUUCUGGUAGAAUGCUAAAACUGAGAACCUGUAGGCAGAGCACACUACAGACGUAGCUGUAAUCCGUACUGUUUGUGGGAGCUGGUUGAGAUGCAUUUUGUCAGAGGGUGCAGCUUUCUGGAUUGAGCCUUGGUUUCUGUGUUCAACCACAAAAAUGUCUGCUGCCUUCAGGUGAGAGAACUGCAGCUUUACUAAUUUGUUUUUUCCAGGUUGCAGCCUUAAACCUUUCAUACAUCAACAGCAGGCACAUUGUGAGGUUUAUCUGGCAACAAGAAACAUUUAAUCUCAAACUUCGAAGAGAGCAAAGACGUCACAUGGAAACUAAUGUUGGGGAAAUGGCCUAAGCAAAAAAAGCUUCUGUUACUGAGGUGCUUAUCAGUGUAUCAUACUGACGUACGGGACUGUUUUAAUGGAAAAUCACACCAGCCUGAUAUAUAUAAUAUUUUAAGGCCCAGCUACUAACAUGGACUUUUGUAUUUUUAAAUGUGUGGGGUUUUUUUAAUUCUCCUUUUGGAAUGUUACGGUGUAUGCUCUUCACCUUGUAAAUUGCAUCUUAUCUGUGUAGCAAUUUAUACUCUAAUAUUUUGCUGUGGGUGUAAAUCAUGCAUUUAAGUUUCUGUCUUGGGCUAAACUGUUUUAGUUGCAAUAGUAAGCAGUGCAGCUCUAUUCACCCACAAUAAGAUCAAAAUGCUUGAAAUCUGAUCCAGUGCGUCUCAUAAACUUGGGGUAAAGGGAAACUAUAGUGUUAGUAAUACAAGACUUCUCUCUGUGCCUUCCCCCUGGCAAAUAAAGGGUCAAUACCUUCUAACACUUACCAGAUUCCAGCUGUGAUGUCAUUUGGCGCUUGGUCGGGUGGGACUUAACGCACAGCGAGCGCCGCGCAUGCAUUAAGCCUAUAGUGUUCCAUUAAGUCAUGGGUUUGGGGGCUGUCGCCAGCAUGCCAUGUAUGAAGACAAAAGAUUUCAUCUGUGCAUGGAAUUAGCAUUAGCCACCUCGGAGCAAGUCUUUCAUGGCUGUCUAAAUGACGCUGCCAGAGGUGGGGCUAUAAGGCGACAAAACUUAUUUUCUCUGUAUGUGUAGUGUUUAAUAAUGAAUCGCUGCACAUGCAGACAUCGUGCACCAUGGUCACUUCAAAUCACUGAGGUUGUCGUGACACUUUGUGUAAUCCUUUUAAUAUCCUUUAAUAUAUAUAAUUUUUUUUUGUCUUUUUGUCUUUUUUUUGUCUUUUUUUUGUCUUUUUUUUGUCUUUUUUUUUUGGCAUUUACUGAUUAAUAAUUAGUUUGCAUGAUGAUUACUCUCUAAUUAUUGCCAUCGUUUCUUCAAGACUUUUGUGAGUAACCCGGAUCUGGAACGGUAUCAAAAUAUACUGUUCUCCUUUAAGAAAUUGUAUUUCUUUUUUGAGUGGUCCAGCACUAACAUGUUAGACUGGAAUAAUGAUAAGACCUUUCCAGGACACACUUGAAAGCAAGUGAAUUUUCAAUGUAUUCUUCCUGGAAAACAAUUCAUAAAUAAAUAAUCCUCUCCCGGCAGUUUUCAUAGAAAUAAAAUUUACCUAAUGGAAACUUAAUAGCAACCACAACAUAUUGCAGUUCGCAUGCAAGAGUUGAAAUCUAAGGAAGGCUGUAGUUUCAACGUCUCCAAAACCUCAUAUCGUACCUCCUGAUGUUUUGCGAUAUGGAAUUGACAAGGGAAGAGAUCUGAUCAGGGGGGCCAGUGGCAGUAAAGGAAUGCUUUCUGGUGGUUGAGCAGUUAGAAGAAAGAGUUUUAUUCUGGUGUGCAUGGCAGCUCUGUAUGCUACCCUUGCAUAGAAAUGUUCUCGCAUAAGCAGAAAUGGCCUGCAUUGGCUUUGCAUAGCCUGACCAUCAUAGGCGUGUGCAGCCUAUUGCAUUAGGGUGUGCACCCUAAAGCACAAGCCGUGUGUGUGUGUUUGUGUGUGUGUGUGUAUAUAUAAAAAAAUAAAAUCUGGUAGUGUGUGUGCGUGCUUGUGAGGGUGCUGUUAAUGUAUUGUGUGUGUGUGUGAGGGUACUGGUAGUGUGCUGUGUGUGUUUGUUUGGGUUGUGUUUGUGAGGGUGCUGUGUGAGUGGGUGCUGUGGUGUGUGUGUGUGUGGGUAGAUUACUUAAUAUCCCCCCUCCCUUCUUACUUUAUGUAGGUAGGGGGGAUUCUUGUUCCUUGCUGCCUUCCCUGGAGGUCCAGUGGAGGUGGGAGCAUAUUAUUUAAUAUCUCCGCUGCCUUCUUACCUUAUGUAGGGAGGGGGGAUUCUUGUUCCUGCUGCUAGAGUUCACUCUCGCAAGAUCUGAGCGUUGCUGCAGGCAAUAGCUCCCCGGGUCCUCUCCUGCCUCCCUCCGUGCCGGUGGGUCGGAAGCUGAGAGCAGGGUUGGAAGCUGAGAGCAGAGCCAGCGCUCGGAUAGCGCCGGCUCUGCAUGAGCUGACAGGGGAGAUCCUAAGAUCUCCCCUGCCGGUCUCAAUACAUAGGCGUGCCGUGGGGAUUAGGGUGUGCCCAGGCACACCAGGCACACCUCGUGUGCACGCCUAUGCUGACCAUGCUAGAAUUGAGAUCCCAAAGCAGGACUGUCCCACUAGAUUCGAGACAGUUGGGUGGUGGUAUACUCUGAUCAUGUUUAUCAAGAUUCUAUUCCGAGAAGAGAUAAAAAUCCUGCAGCGUGCGUGUUCCUGCCAGGGCAAAGGAAGGCUAAAUAUCUAUGCAGAAAGUAGAGUUUUGCAGAUUACCUUAUUUGCCCAAUAAAGUGAUUAUAGUUUAUUUUUACAUCAGAGUUGCAGGCUUGCCGAUAGAAAAUGGAAUAUGUCUGCAGAUGUAGACCUUGCUCUGGUUGUCUUUGGCAGCGUGCCCAUGAUCUAAACCACUUGGUAUCUGCUUGUAAUAGCAGAGCUUUAAUGAAAAAUGUAUCUAUUAUUUUUCUUUAGUGCACUUCACAAACCUUCCACUGGUAUAGACGGACAACCCAUUAUGCUUCCCACUUUGCUUACGUAGUGUUAAGAGUUAUGCCAACCAGAAACUGUGUUUUAAUAAAAUACGGUUUUACGUUAAGAAGUAAAGGAGGAUAACCUGUACUAUAAUGCCAAGGCCAAGUUCUCUCUCAGACCCAUCCUCCUUUAGUGAUGUCCCUCCCCCCUACUGCAGGACGUCCUGGAUCACCGCUUAAUGGAAGGACUUGGAUGGCAUGGAGUUGGGGGGCCACGCAGCCAUUGGUCAUGCUGUGUGAACUGACACAAGAUGCCAGGUAUGCACUAAUUUAACAUUAGCCAAACCAAAACUCUAAUUUUGGGAUGGAUAAUGAUGCUGCUGGAAGUGGGUUUACCCUUUUGGCAGGAAAGGUGGCCUUAACCCUGUAUGGGCAGAGUUUCAAACCAAAACAAAGCACGAAUAGGCUCCAGCAACCAUGACGGGGUUAAAUCGCUGAAGUGGUCAUGUUGCUGAGAGGAACCCUUUUUUUUUAGGAUACAUAAUUGUUCUCCUGUUUCGAAUUGAGCACAUGCCAACAAAAUAAAGUGUAAUUGAAAAAUAAUUCUGUAACGUUGACAUUGCAAAAGCUUCUUCUUGCAUUAACUUUUUAUACAAUAUUUCCAAGCCCCCAUCUUCUAAGCUAAAACCCCAUGGAGUUGCAUAGCACUAAAGUGGUUACAUUUUUUUUUAAAUAAUUCAUCCUCUUUGCCUAGCAAGCUAUAGAAUUCUGUUGCUGUGAUAGCAUUGUUACCGAAGGAUUGAACUCCAACUCCAAUGAUGCAUGGCCGACCAAUUUUGCAGUCUGCUACUGAGCCUCUUUCAUUUAAAGGAACAUCAAAGCGUUUAGACAUGCACUCCUAAAACUAUAGUGUUCCCCUAUCUAUAGAAGGUGGCUUCCCCCUGCUGUAAGUGUAUAAAGGAGUUUUCCCUGCCAUUACUCCCUUGCUGAGGUCACCCUGCCUCUUUGGCUGAUGAUAAUCAAGAUUGAUGAUCUCAGCCAAACCAAAGUUGUCCCAUAGGAAACAUUGGAAGCAUAGUGUGCAUGCGUGCAAAAAUCACCUCUCUUCUCCCACUUAAAUGGUCUCUGAGACUAUUUGAUUGUAUAGCAGUGUUUAUCUUGGCUAUGGAGGAAGCACCCCUAGUGGCCAUCAGGAAGAGAGCACUAGAGGUGCAUUUAGCCUAUCCAUGUAGACCUCGCUGUGUCUACAAAACUGCAAUGUUUUACAUGGAAGGGUUAAAAUGACUGGAGUUCUGGAAGUGGCCUGUUAGACUUUGGUAAUCCUAUAUCCUGCUGGGCAGUAUUUUCUAUGCCAACCUACUUUCUGUUAGAAGAACAACUAACACAGGUGUGUCUGGUAACAUUUAAACCCUUUAUGGUUCAUUCUUUAUUCCAGCCGGAGACUAACAAUUCUUACAUUCAUGGGAUUAAGCAGGUUGCAACUCAUCUGUGUGGUUAAAAUCUUCAUCCACUCGUUAUUGUCAGUAUUGUCUUUUAUUUACAGCCAUUAUUUAAUAGGAAGGAAGCUUUAUUAUAAGAAUGAGGAAGUUCUCCUGGUUUCUGUCUUGAUUAUUGAAACAAACCAGAGUUUUAUUAUCAAUAUGUGAAAAAUCACUGGUGACUUCUAAAAUUUUCUGGGAACUCCACAAAAAAUUAUAUUUGUGAACUUUCUCAUGGUACCAUAAUCCCCUUGCUCCACCAUGUUUUCCACCGCGUUUGCAGACCUAUAUUUGCCACCGCAAGCAGAAAGGAAAAACCAUAUAGUAAUAAAAUAAAUAGAAUUGUUUAUUUUUAAUUAUGCUAAUUUACAGGUGUUUAAUAAUGGCCUCUUUGGCUAAGGUUAGCAAAAUAAAGCUACGUGAAAUUUAACUAAUUGGGAUGAAGGUACAGACUUAUCAUUGCAGGCCAUACAUUUGUUGUUGUAAAAUAUUUGUUUCAAAGUUUGUGGUGUGUUUGUUUUUUAUUAUAUGUUUUAACUUUAAUUAGAAGGUGUACAUGGCCAAACUAGUGGACAAAACCGUAAACCAGAUGAUUCCAACUACAUAGUUCAUAGACCAAUUGUGCUUCAUGAAGUGAGUAUCAUUAAGUUGGGGUAAGAAUAUCUAGAUCCAACCGUCAACAUCAGGUGAAGGCAACCUUCGGCACUCCAUAUAAUGCUUUGCCAGUAUUAUGGCUUUAAAAGCAUGAUGGGAGAUGUAGUCCACAGCAUCAGAAGUGCCGAUGGUUGCCUGCCCUGAUCUCGAUACGAACAGUCUAGAUAAGUGGUUCCCAAUUAAUUUUUCCAGUGGAACCCUUUGACGUAGUGUAUCAACAUCGUAGAAUCUCCCCCCACAAAAUAAAAAAUGGUGCCGUUUUUUGUAUGUGCUGGUGUGUCAAGGUGUGUACAUCUGUGCUUGUAUGUGCCAGUGUGUGUUUAUCGGUGUAUAAAUCUGACACCCACAGACACACACAAACACUGUGUGUGAAUCUGACACACAUACACACUCGCAGAUAGUGACACACAGUGUGUAUCUGUGUCUCAGGGUGUGUGUAUCUGUGUUUGUAUGUGCCAGUGUGUAUCUGUGUGUGUGUAUGUAUCUGAUACAAGCACACACACGCACAAAGUGGCACACAGAUGCACAUCUUGACUCACAGAUAUACACACACACACAGUGACACAUACACAAACCUUGACACACAGUCUUUGACAGACACACACAUACACUCUCACUGACACACACAUCCUCUUUUUGACACACACAGACACAUACAAACUCCCUAACAGACACACGUACACUUUUUUAAAUUUUUUUUUUUUACAUUUUACUCCAACCAGCCCCCCUACCUUUAGGAGUGCUGGCAUUGAGUCCCUUGGGUCCAGUGAGGCUGCUCAGCAUCUGACGUGCUGAGCGUGCAGUCCCAGGGGUCCAGUGGGCCUGGCGUGCGGGUGGCGAGGGAGCAGUGAUCUCCCUGCUCCGCUCCCUCCCGCUCUUCUUAGUGAUGCCGGAGCAGGAGUGACAUCAUAUUCCGGCUCCAGCAUCACUGCUCUGCGCGCGAGGGAGCUGAGCAGGGAGAUCACUGCUCCCUUGCCGCCUGCGGCCAUUUUAUUUUUUAAACUUUUGGCAGAACUCCAGUUGGGAAACGCUGGUCUAGAUGAAAAGAUAAGUGUACUUUACCUUAGCUAAAUUUUUUUUACCUGAAUUUAACUUAUGCCACAACUCCUGAUGUGAAUUGCAAACAUUUAUAAAAGUUCACAAGAAACCCAACACAUUCUAAUAAUAAUAAUUUUGGAAUGUUUACAAUCUUCUGACUGAUCGCAGAGAUGGUUAAAGGUCCAUGUUUGUUCCUGUAUCUUUAAUAGAUUACUGUCAAUUGUUUGGGAUUGGUGAAAAUCACAUGUCAUUUGUGUCAACCUAUUUUCAUGUAACUCUUCAUUUUCAAUUCCGUUUUUAUUAAAUCCCAGGCACAGCCAAAGCACACCAUGUAAAUGUUGAGGAUAAAUAGAAACAUUGUUUCAUUUCUCCUCUUCUCCAUAUGCUCUCUCUAUUCCAAGUCCCAGGUUACAAGGGGCAAAGCUUAAAACAACGAUUAACAGGGAGUCCUGAUGGAGUGCUCAUUUGCAGAGGUGUGGGUUUUGAAUUUACUUUUUAACAAAUAUGUAUUUGUGCGGUGUAAAAGAUCUGUUAGAAGAAAUAUACAUGGAAGUCAGUUCUCCUUAAAAUCAUAUUACAUUUUUUUUUUUUUUUAAACGGAGUCAAAACUAAGCGUUUUGUGGGGCACACACAUUCUAAAACUUAAAAUAUUUAGAAUAAAAUUAGCUUAAAACGUGGUAAAAUGUAUCUGCAUGAUGGUGUUGUGUAAAUAUAUUGUGCGUGGAAUUUGCAGUAUUUUUCUAACAGCAAAACAGCUUUGUAAUCUGAGUAGCCUGCAGAACAGAGGAUCCUCUAUUCUACAGGCCAGGGAUGUGAUGUUUUGUCUGACGAGCAUGCCUUAGUGCCAUAAGAUUAAGUAUAGCCUGGCUCUGUCAUUCUCCUUGGAACUAUGGUGUGUCUGGGAGUGUUUGCGUCUGCUGCAGAGAAAAGGAAGGCUUUGUAAAAUGUGCCAACCAUUAUACAAAGAAAACCACAAACCGUUCAUUUUUCUGUCUCUGACCAGGUUAGCUACUUCCUGAGGAUGUAGUGUUUUGUAGGAUUUAGGAGUCAGAGCAACAUGGGUGAACCAAUUCUCAGUGUAAUUGGCUUCUGUCUCUUUAAGAGUGUGAAACGCAAAUGGCUCUUUUAAAUUCUGCUAUAAAAAUACACUGUCGUGCUGCUACUUCGUCAAGAUUGAGGUUUAGAACCUUGUAACGGUGGCAUGAACCGAGGUUGAAAAUUGUGCAUUAAGAAUAGAACUUUGUAAAUUCAUUUAAGGUUAUUGACUAACUUUUUUUUUUUUUUUUCAUGACUCAAAUUUGUGUGGGAGGGUUACUGAGCAAUGCCCUCUAUAUUGGCAGUAGAGAAACGAAAAAAAAGAUUUGGGUUACAAGAAGAGGGUUUAACAAAACUCCCCCAAAAAAGUGGGCAAAGGAUUUGUACCUCUAUGGUCCUCACUAUAUAAUGAAGUAAUUAACCAAUCACACCCAGGGAUUCAGGGAAAAUAUCGCUAAAGAGAAUGUUCUAACAAGGUUUUUGUUUGCUUUCUUUUUGGGAGGGGGUGGGGAGUGGUUCUUUUUCUUGUUUACUAAAUGAUGAGCACAAUGUUUUAUUGCACAAUGUGGCUAUCCCAUCUUGCUUCUGUGUCGUAUUAUUUUAAUAUUGUUUACGCUUACAAAUCUAAAGGUUUUCGAUUUCAAUUUUCAUUUUGUUGUAUUGUAGGUCUAAACAAUGGUGGAUGGUGGUAUGGUUCUUCCAGUUCUCAUCAUGGUGGCUCUUGCCUCUCUCAGCUUGGAAGGUAGGUAAACACUUAACAUGUUUACAUAUCCGUGUUUGGUAUUUAAAGCUGCCAAGUCACCUGGGAAAAAUCUUUUAAACAUCGCAUCAAUGCAGCAUAACAAAAUAUUUUUUACAACUUUUUUUAUUUUUUUACUUUUUAUUAUAUAUAUAUUAUAUUAUAUUUUUUAAUAGACAAAUGUAUGGAAUGCAUAAAAGAACACAUUUGCACCUUGUAUGCCAAUAAUAUAUCUAAACUUAUUUGGGGGAAAAAAAACAUUUGUUUUCUGUUCCUGACAUGGCAUAUACUGUGUAUUUAUACCUUUUUACGAGUUGUGAUGGGGAGCAUUGCAUUGUGAGUGCCACAUGUUUGAGCAUGUGAACAAAGUGUUUAAAUAUAGCGAGACAUGCAGACCUAAUACGCUACACUGAUUACACUCUUAGGCUUACUCACGAUAGUGGGAAUUGUUCUCAUAUCAAGGUGAAUUUCAAAAUCGCUGACCACAUAAUUGACUUGGAAAGUUUUUCCUGUUUGCCGAUUGUGAGCUAAAGUUUGAAAUUCACAUCGAUUUUACAACAAUCCACAGUUUGAAUAACUCUGUAUACAUUCAGAAAUAGAUAUCGAGGAGUUACAUACCAACAUCAUGUAUACUGUAAGCUUGAUAACUGACAAACUUCAAUAAAAUCAAGCCCAAUUACCUCGAAAUAUAUAACUAAUUAACUCUUCAAUAGUCCUUGACUAUACAAUAUGUCUCCCUCUGCAUUUUUUGGCAGAGAAUGUGUGAAUUCAGUACAACAUAAUUUAUUUGUAUCUGAUUCUAAAAACUAGUCAGAACAGCUAAAAUAUGCUCACACCCUUGUUUCACCACCGUUUAUUGCAAAGUGAAAAUGGAUGCAGGUGCCACUCCUACAUUUUUUUUUUUUUCGUACAUUUUUAACAAGUACAUGUCGAUUCAACCUAUUGUGUUGCUAAAUAAAGACCUGUAGACAUAGGUGAGGUUUAAGCAGUCAGACUCUUGCAACAUCCGUCUUUUUAAUGCUUUUAACACGGCUCUUCAGAUGUCUCCUAACCACAUUUAAAACUCCCUGGAAAAGGCAAUUGUUUGCAGAGCUGUUAAUAGUGUCUUAAUAAUAAUGUAAUGCAUGGUGAUGCAAAUUACUGGUAAGGGACGAAUUCUCAAACAGUCCCCGAUCUGGUGGCUGUGUCUCAAUUUAAGACCAGAGUCACAUCAUUCCAUUAGUUUCAGUUAAGAAUUCCUAAAAUGCUGAUUUGUAUAUCGAUUGUUAGCUCACGGACAGGGCCCUUAGCCUUUUGUAUUGGUCCAUUUAUAUUGUGUUUUUUUUUUCUCAAUUGUACAGCGCUCCGGAAUAUGUUGGCGCUUUAUAAAUUACAGUAAUAAUAGUUUGCUUUAUUUUGUAUACCUAUAGAUCUGGAUGGCCAACUGAAUUUCUUCCCGUUCAAGUGGCUAUUUAGGGGCAGUGUUAAAGGGAUCCUUUAGUGCCAGGAAAACAAACCCGUUUUCCUGGCACUAUAGGGUUAACAGGUACCCACCUCUGUCUGGGCCCCCCUUCCGCUAGGCUGAAGGGGUUACAACCCCUUCAGCCACUUACCUUAAUACAGCGCCGGUCUCCGUCGGCGCUGGUGACCUCUUCUCCCCCGCCGACGUCAGCUCCCAAGUGGAUCCGAACGCGCAUGUGGAAGCAGCCUGGAUUAACCCUGCAAUGUAAACCUAGCAGUUUCUCUGAAACUGUUAUGUUUUCAGCUGCAGGGUUAAAACUAUGGUGACCUGGCACCCAGACCACUUCAUUGAGCUGAAGUGGUCUGGGUGACUAUAGUGGUCCUUUAAGGUGUAAAUAAAUGUGUGUUUUCAGCAUGUUUAAUAACAAGCAAUGGAAGCUGGGCGUAUACUUUUCCCUAAGGGUUUAUCACAUUCUUCUCAUAUAUCCUCUAAAAGACUGGGUAAGCCAGUCCACUUUUUUUUUUUUUUUUCUUUAAAUCCCAAGUAAGCUAGAUUUACCUCCCUAUUCACAAUACGGAGAGAUGUAUGUAAUUAUUCUCACUUUGUUUUGUGAAUGGAAAGCUAUUGAUCGGCUGAAAACGUUGUCAGCUGACAUCCUCAGUCUGUUGGUGGCAUCCCUGUCUGAGACGUUCUGAUCCAUUCCUUGAAUGGGAACGGAAGAAGAUGGACAGUGAGAUCAGGUGCCAGACUCAGUACUCUGAGGUUAAAUAGUUUUAUUAACCCUUGAAACCCUUGAAACCCCUUCUGAUAUAGCCACUUCAUUUCAAUUAUGUUUUUAUGGUACACAGAGCGUCCCUUAAAUUAUAUAAAGAUCUGACAAAUUAAAUAGUCCAGCAGAGACAGGCAAAAACAGGGCAGGAAGUUUUGAGGAGAAACCCAAACAUUGAAUUUUUCCUUUUUACUGGAGGCUUUCUCUAUGCAGACUGCAAGGACUGAGGUUUAUAACAAUGACUGACCGGAAGCUACGAUGUAUGUGCCUUGGUCAAGGAUAAAGAGGUGUGGACUUAUUUUUUCACACCUCGCAAAUACAAAUGUGUUCAUAUAAAAAUAAGGAUGACUAAACAUGUGAUUAAAAAUACAAAUAAACAUGUGAUAUGACAAUUCUCCCCUUUUUUUUUUUUUAAUUUGAUUUUUGUUUUGUGUGUGUGCUUUUUUAGAGGUUUUUUGAAUGUUACAAUAGAUUCUGUAAAUUGCAACGGUGAUUACCUUGUUCUCAACCCUGUAAAAAUACUAUAUUUUCUUUACAGAUGAUGACCUAAAAGUCCAUCCAGGGGGAUACAAGUGUGUUUGUGAAGGAAUGUCUUGCGGAAAUGGCGACCACUGUUAUGGGCAGCAAUGCUUCUCCUCACUCAGUAUAAACGAUGGCGUUAUGGUUUACCAAAAAGGCUGCUUCCAAGUUUACGAACAAGGCAAAAUGACAUGCAAAACCCCUCCGUCUGCAGACCAAGCUGUGGAGUGCUGCCAGAGUGAUCUCUGCAAUCUGAAUAUCACCGCACAGCUCCCUAGUAAGGAGGGAAUCCUUAUCAUUGUUUUGUUGGUAUCAUACAAGUCUUUAAUCUGUAACACAUGAACAGAUUAAACUAUGCUGGGAAUUGUUCAUUAAAUUUCAUAACUUGGGCUAAAACUUUUUUUUGUAAAAUCCUCCAAUUUAAAUAUUUCUGUAGCUCAAAUAUUUAUUUUUUAUAAAAAAAAAAAAAAAAAAUGCAUUUCACACCAUUCCCAGUUGAGUGCAUAACUUUGUUUUGGUUCCGUCUCUAGAUUUGGUAUGUGAUCACUCAGAUUCUAAGUCUAGAUUUAGUACAACUUGCUCACCAGCUUUCCAUCCAAACAAAAGAAAGGCUACCGACAUACGUUCUACAGGUCUAACUGUUGCUAUAGCUAUCUCGCGCACCUGUCAGACGUGCCUAACCUGCUUACAUUAGAAAGCAUUAAAAAGGCAAAAUGAAACGAGGAACUGCCAGAUUGAUGUCAUUGUUUGAGAAUGUUCCGUGUUUCUACAGUUCUAUUCUAGAACCAACCCUGAAUUUACUCUACAAUGCACAGGUUUUUUGUUUGCUUGCUUGUUUGCGUAUCUCUGUAUCAAAACUGGCAGACCAAUGUCGAUCAACUUUCUGGCUAAUAAAAACUUCAAAUUCAGUGUGUUAGUGGGGACAUAGAUACCCGCUAACACACGGAAUUAUCUAGACAUACAUUGAUACCCGCUAACACACUGAAUGCUCUAGACAUAUAGUGAUUCCCGCUAACACAUGGAAUUCUCUAGACAUACAUUGAUACCCGCUAACACACGGAAUUCUCUAGACAUGCAUUGAUACCCGCUAACACACUGAAUUAUCUAGACAUACAGUGAUACCCGCUAACACACGGAAUUCUCUAGACAUACGUUGAUACCCGCCAACACACGGAAUUCUCUAGACACAUUGAUACCCGCUAACACAUGGAAUUCUCUAGACGUACAUUGAUACCCGCUAACACACGGAAUUUUCUAGACGUACAUUGAUACCCGCGAACACACUGAAUGCUCUAGACAUACAUUGAUACCCGCUAACACACUGAAUGCUCUAGUCAUACAUUGAUACCCUUGCUUUUACGCCAUUUUGUGCUUCUAUUACAGACACAAUAUAAAGCAGGGUCGAAUAAUCUCACAGAUAUUAAACUACAUCUCCCAUGAUUCCAUCUGAGACAUUGGUUGGAAAAUGGAAGUUGGUUUCUAGCAUAGUUUAGUCAGCAACAAUUUAACACCCCUGAUCUAGCCUACUAAAUUGAAUUUAUUUUGGUUGCUGUGCGUAGCACUGAUUGCUUAGUUUUUGAUUUUUGUUUUGUGUUAUUAUUAUUACUUAGUACCCUGCCCCAGCAUUCUUUCAAUUUUGUGUUGAUCAUUAUGGCACAAAGCAUUUUUAUAUGAAUUGUUACACACCGUUGCUUUUUAUUGUGAUUGCCUCCAAAUGAGUAUUACAUAUUUUUUUGGUAUUUAUUUUAACUAUUUAUUUUAUUUUCUUACAGAGAGGCAGUUGAGAGAAAGCACAGUGAGUUAUAGCGUGGAGACUCUAGCCAUAUUUGUCAUGGCUCCUGUGGUCGUGCUAGUCAUUUUUUCUGUUGUAGCGGUGGUAGUCUGCAGAAAAAUUCAGCAGCGCAACAUGGAGCGCCUGAGUACACGUGACGCGGAAUAUGGCACUAUUGACGGUCUCAUUGCAUCCAAUGUGGGAGACAGCACCCUUGCUGUAAGUAUUCAGAAUUCUGCUGUACUUUUCAUAGUAUUUAUUAAAUGGUUAGGAAAAUGUUGAAAUGGAAAUGUUUAAAAGUGCACCAUAACCACUACAUCUCAUUGUAAUGGCUAUGUUGCUGGGAAGUCAUACUUAAAACUGUUUUCACAUAGUAUGACAAAAGUGUAAUAAUUUGGGUUGUCUCCAUUAUCCAAGCCCGUACUCUGUCAUAUGUGAGCUUAGUUUAUCAUUAUCUGGGUCCCUUUUAGUGCAGUCUUGGCCAAAUGUAGAUGCCAGCUGGGGAUCUAUCAUUUGCCCAUCCUUGCUGGGCUGUAUUUGUGAGCAGUGUUUGUACGUGUAUGGACUGUGUGUGUGGAUGUAGGGAUUUAUUUGUAUUGACGGUUACCAUUUGAAUGCAGGGGUGUGUUUGUGGUGUUGGCUUUUAAAUGCAGGGGUGCAUAGUGUUGGUGUAUGAAGGAAAGGUUGUGUUUAUAAUGGAGACGUUUUAAUGCAGGGGUGUGUUUGUAUGCAAUGUUUGCAUUUGAUUGCACGGGUGUAUUUGCAUGUAGUGUUGCUGUUUGCUGGGAUGCAUGCACAUUAAUAUUGGUACCUCCUGGAAGCAUUUUAAAUCUCUGUAUGUUUUGGCAGGAUUUGUUGGAUCAUUCCUGUACGUCAGGAAGCGGAUCUGGGCUUCCUUUCCUGGUGCAAAGAACAGUAGCACGGCAGAUUACACUUGCAGAGUGUGUCGGUUAGUAGUUUUUGGUACAGUAUGGUAGUUAAUCACUAAAAACACACACACACACACACACACACACACACACACACACACGUAAAGAGAGCAUAGAUAGGACUUUGUAGUGAAAUAAAUGCUGCUUUAUUGAAUAUUGAGACUUGUAUAUUAUUAUAGUUUUUGAUAAAAGAUCUGAAUUUAUAAUGAAACGUUGCUUAUUCUGUGUUUAUGUACUAGCCUGUUUCAAUAAAGCAGUGUUUAGAAGUCCUGGAGUGCUCUCUUUAGUGUGCUGUCUCUGGAGGUGUUUGCCUGUGACAGUAGACUGAAAUGAGACUGCGUUCACAACACUCAUAAGUCAACCCAUUUGUUACUGGUGGCAAUGCAGUCUGUGGGAAACAAUAUACAGUAAAAUAUGAUGGCACACCUUAAAUCUCCCUCAGCCUGCAUCAGUGUUCAUAACCCAGCAGGGCAAAAUUUGCCAGCUCUACCCUGUUUUUAUAGUUCUAAACACAACAGAUUGAGAAUUUCAAAAUAGUCACUUGUCAUAAUUUGUCACGAGUGGUAGAGCUAACUUAUUUCAAGUCAUAUUAUCACAGAACAAAUCCUUUUUAGUUUUAUGACUAUACCUCAAAAUGUUUUCCUGCCAACACUUCAACGCAGGGUAUUUUAUCACAUUUUUGGCAGGAGGAUAUCCUGGCAUGUAGUGAUGAUGUAAAAGACAUUUAGUCUUUAGCACUUUGAAAUGUGAGCUCUUCUGCCAAGAGAUUCUCUUUACAAAGCUGAUGUACAAGUACUGCGAAUAGUUGCUGUCUAAUAUAAACAGCCGAUAAAACUUGUGUACAUUGUAGGGCCAAACCUCUAUUGGUCACGUUAGGCCCAGCACUAGUUGGAGAAUGUAAUGUAGUAAAUGGUGAAACUUAUUCGUAGUGGGAAUUAGCUGUAAUGUCUUUUUUAAAGAUGUACUUUUUGUGAGCAAUUACUUUGAAAUUAAAAGAUAAAAUAUUUAUCCAGUAAACCCCGCUGGCAGAAUUUUAUGGGAUUAGAUCUGACCACAAAGACAAAAUUAAGAGAUUCCUAGUGGAUGGAUCUAUGCAAUGCAUUCAUAUAUGUGGGAUUAUUGUUUGAGUUUAUAGAGCUCUUUUUAUUCUGAACUUUAUAAUUAUACAAUGAGGAUAUUUAACAAAAAGUAAUCAACAUACACACAUAUUGCUGACACUGAAAAGGUGAAGAAGGUCAUGCUCAAACUUGCUUAGUCUACGAGGUUGUUACUUCCUGCCGAUGUUUUGUCUAGGUGGAACAGCACAUCUAGAAGUUUUUUUUUUUUUUGAGUGGGAGUUGUAUAGCUCUGCUUUUACUUGUCAUAACACUUCCAGCAAAUUGAUGCAAUUUUUCACCAGAUAUGGUCCUACACUCUAGAUGCAAUAGGGCGAAAUCAUCAAAUGGUUUUUUUUUUGGUUUUUUUUUAUCACAGUUUGGACCGAAAAAAGAACAUAAAAAAAACUUCUCUCCUCUUUUUAUCCAGGAAAAGGCCGAUAUGGUGAAGUGUGGCGUGGUCAGUGGCAGGGCGAAAGUGUUGCAGUAAAGAUCUUCUCGUCGCGAGACGAAAAAUCAUGGUGUCGCGAGACGGAGUUAUAUAACACUGUGCUGUUACGCCAUGAAAAUAUACUGGGUAAGAAAAUGCAUCUUGUGUGUCUGGGUGCAUGAUAACGCUGGGGGUUAUUUGAUAAAGUGUGAAUGGUGAUGAGUUCAUAAAUAAAUUGGAGAAAUUUGAUCCACAUGGGCGAAUUGGGGAAAAGAGCUAGAUUACAUUCUCUAGUGGAGUAUCUCUCCGGCUAGGCUAAGUCAGUUCUGAUAGUCAAUUGCCUUAUCAUGAAUAGUUCACAAUUUGUAAAUAAACCCCAAUCAGUUCCGGAUUUCACUUCCUAAACACUGCAGACGGAACACUGUGCUAUCGCUAAGGUCAGAGGAUUCCUGGCCUGCGCUUUGAGAAUGCUAGUAAAUGGUUGUAUUGGGACAGUGAGGAUUUAAUUAGUCUGUCCCACAUUCUCACCAGAUGGUCAUAGCUGAUGGGAAUGUGAGACGGCUGCAUGUUUUAGUAUCUGUUUAGUAGCAACUGCUGUCAAUGGAAAAGUACUCGUGAGCAGCUUUCCAGGCCUGUUAGUGUUGUCUGCUUUGGGCCUGUUGUAAGCAAUACUCUGCACUCCAGCUGCUGUGGAUGACAUUUCCCAUAAUGCUAAGCCAUACAAUUCUCGUGGAUGGGCAGGUGUUGGGCUAACGCUGCCAGGCAGGGACAGUUUGAUUGGGACGUAAUGGAAAACCGCCCCAUUUUAUGCACACACAAUACUGUCUUGUCUGCAUUUGAAUGGUUGUAAAAAUUAAAUGUAUAAAAUAGGGUUAUAUGAUGGCCAUUUUUGAUCCUUUCCUAUAAAGAUUUCAGUUUUGUUUUAAACUUUUACUCUCUCCAGCCUGGUUUUUUGUUUGUAUUGUUUUUUACAUUCGUUUAUCUUGCUGUGAUACAGUGCACGGACAUUGUGUGUUGUGAUUGUGUGCGUUCUGUAAAUCUUCUUUCCUGUAGUCACAACCCUUGAUAACACGGACAAUGGCUUGUGUGUACAUUGCUUUUAAAGUGUAACCUUUUAAGAAAGCUUAGUGCAGACUUCCUAGUUGGAAAAACUCAAAACUAGCAAAGUUGGGGACAACAUACUGUUCUCUUCCCAUUAAACUUUUAGAAUGUUUUAGGUAAUCAGGGUUUUUACAAAGUAUAUUAACAUCCUAUUUGCUAGUAGACUUUAGCUUGAAAUGUUCCUUAGACAAAGUAAAAAACACCCAUAUUCGCAGUUUCUAAAGUGGUUGUGGUAGUGGGGAAAAAAAUGGAUAUUCCUUUAAAUACUUUUUCUUUGUGGACUAGUUCAUUUGUAUUCUUCCAUGACUGCAAUUUCUUUUCUUUUCUUUUUUUCCCCUGCUUUUUGUUUUUGAAAAUUUUACAUUCCAGACAUGCAUUUUUUUUUCUUCAACUAUGACAUAUAGUUAUUGUAGACUGUAAAUUGUGUAUGUCUGCAUGUUCAGACAACACUGCAAGGCAGAAUGACUGUUAUUCUGUGUUUAAAAUAUGUUGAGCAUGCAUUUCUGGAUACUUUGCCAUCUAAAGUCAGAGCAAGGAGCCGUAGGUUUGGGUAUUAUUCUAUGUAGCAUAUUGGCUUCAACUUUUCUUAAUUAUUUUAUGAGAGGUUAUUUUGUGUCUAUGCAGGUACCUUUCUUUCGAAUAUCCCCCGCCCCCGUUUUAAUGGCAGAUUAAGUUUAAUAAUGCCAAUUAAUGUUAGCUUGAGAGUCGAAAUGUGUUUCUACUUGUGAAUUGUCACGUUGUGCAUUUGACUAAGCUAAACAAAGCUGGUGAGCUUCCAUGUGGGAUUAGUUGUUGUAAUGCUUUUUUGUGAUGUUAAGCAUGACUACAUUUUAUAUUGUUGAUAAACAUUCAUACAAAUUUUUUUUUUACUUUUAUUAACCUUUUACUUGUGUAGCCCAUAUUCUGCUGACCGAUUUUGUUAUUUUGUCUGUGGAUUUAUUUAUAAAUCAUGGAUACAGAUUAUGUACACGGCAUUGACUUGCAGACCCAUUCUACAAUUGAAAAAUAUGCUUAAAGGGGUACUAUAGGCAAUAUAACCAUUCCAUUUCAUUGAAAUAGUUUGUGCCUGGAGUCCCCUAGCAGUCUGUCGUCCAUUCAGUGUUCACACUGUUCAGAUGUUUUAAAACUGAAUGACUGUCUCCCACAGGAGAUAUGGAUGAAGCUGCCAUACCAAUUUAUACCAGUAGUGGUUUACUGUGAUAGGCUAUAAGCAGUCAGCCAAUACAAUCAGCCAAUCAGAGCAGUCCUUUACUGCUCAGGCUAAAGCUUCCUCAUUGGCAUAAGCAGCACAGAGGGGAUGGGCUGCUGAGGACCCUCACAUAGCAUUAAACUAUUUUAAAAGGUUUAACACCGAAAGGAACGAUGAAAUUGGUGUCUAUAGUGUCCCUUUUAAUAGCAUUCUUCAAGAUUGUUAUUCAUUUUGAAUUAGGCUCUUACCAGUGGUCUCUAUUCCAUUGGGGCUGGUUACAUAAUUAGAGUAAGAAAUGUAGAUUCCAGUCUAGAGUUUAAGAACCAAUGGGAUAUUCUCUGUGCUAAUUACAUAAUAAACAUUGAUUGUAAUGGAAAAUGUAAAGGUCAUCACAGACUUAUAUUCUCUUUGUAACCUUUUUGCAACAGUUUAUUUUUUAAUUUCAUUAGGUUGGCUGAAAGCAUUUUAAUGUCUUGCAGCCAGAAUAAUGUUGAAAUAAAUGUUUUGUUUAUGACGGUGUUUUUCUAUUUAAAGGUUUUAUUGCGUCUGAUAUGACUUCUAGAAAUUCCAGUACGCAGUUGUGGCUAAUUACUCACUACCAUGAGAUGGGAUCUCUCUACGACUACUUGCAGAUCACCACUUUGGAUACCGUGGCCUGUCUGCGGAUUGUCUUGUCCAUAGCCAGCGGCCUGGCUCAUUUACAUGUCGAAAUAUUUGGCACCCAAGGAAAGCCUGCUAUUUCACACAGGGAUCUUAAGAGCAAGAACAUCCUCGUCAAAAAGAAUGGACAGUGCUGCAUUGCAGAUUUAGGUACGUUGGCCUUCUUGUAGAAUAGCAUAGAAGUAAUUAUCCCAGAAAAACUCUAUUGUAAUGGACAUGAAGGGUUUAAAUCAAAUGACAACAGAACUGCUUUUCAUAAGGGACACUUUGGGACAUCAGGAGCGUGGAAGGUAAAAAUGUAGUUAAGAAUUCUUCAUUAAUAUAGAACUGUAUGAUAAAUAUUGAUACUGAUGAUAUAAUCACUCUGAUUCCUCGCUUUCAUUGGGCUUAGAACUUCUUAAAUGGAAUCCUCACAAUUAUCAAAAUUGCACAGAAUUACAGUAGUACACCAAAAGGUGCCCCAAAACAGCUGGAGAGUAGAAUGUUAUAUCUCUAUCUGAUACUGGUGGCAGGUGGAGGCCCUACAAUUAUGGUAGCAGUGGAACUGUUGGGAAUGAGGGGAGUAUACUGAAAACCGAUGAAGUUCCUUUGCAAAGCAGGGGAAAAAUAACAUUUUUGGUAAGUAUACAUCUCUUGUAAAAUUUUGUUAAAGUUUAAAAAUGGGCAACAGGUUCACCUUGAUACUUUUUCUCUCUCCUCAAAUACUCUACAGCAUUACAAAAUAGCCUGUAGUGUUGGAAGAAUUUAAAUAAUCACUUUAGUGUCAGGAACACAAACAUGUAUUCCUGAUCCUAUUCCUUAACACCACCAUCUAGCCCUCCAUCUAGCCCUCCUGGGCCCCUCAUGCCUCCAUAAAUAUAGUAAAAAUCUUACUGUAUUCAAGCCUGAAGCUGUAAAUCUGCAUGCUGUUAGACUCAGAAAAACAAGCAGUCUGCUGACAUGUGGUAGCCUGAUCCAAUCACAAUGCUUCCCCAUAGGAUUGGCUGAGACUGACAAGGAGGCAGAUCAGGGGCAGAGCCAGCAUGAUUCAAACAUAGCACUGGCCAAUCCGCAUCUCCUCAUAGAGAUGAAUUGAAUCAAUGAAUCUAUAUGAGGAAAGUUCAGUGUCUGCAUGCAGAGGGAGGAGAUACUGAAUCACAGGAUGCUGUGCACAGUGCUGCCCUGUGCUUUGCUGACAGCAGAUCUGAGUGGAUGGAGGCAUAUUAUACCUCCAUCAACUCCGAAGUCCCUCUUGUUCAAUCUGAGUGACUGCAACUGGAGGUGUUCCUAGCUUUCAAUGUAAACACCGUAUUUUCUCAGAAAAUACAGUGUUCACAUGAGAGAGGCUGCAGGGAACUAUAGUUCCCACUUGAACAACCUCAUUAAGCUGAAGUUGUUCUGUUGACUAUAGUGUCCCUUUAAUAUUGUAUCAACAGAGCUCCGUAGCCAUUGACGAAUAAACAUUCAGCCCUGGUGAUUGUGCCAUGGACCCUUGACGCUUACAGUGACGAGCCCUGGUAUCAAUUAGGAGAGGAUUCAUAUUACUUUUAAAAAUUUGCAGAUAUUCCACUAGGUGGCGCCAGAAUAACAAAAAAAGAAAAUUGAAGACUGAGAGGCCUGCUUACUAAAUUACCUCCAGAUCAGAUUAAUAAUUAAAUUAGGCAAGACAUUGCAGCUGUGUGACUAGGGUGGGGAAAGCAGGAAGGGUUUGGAACAGAAUCAAGUCUGUGGAAAAGAGUGGGGGAAAAAAAGGAGAGAUUUAGAGAAAACAAACAUGAAAUUGAAAUCGGAGUAUGUGUCUACUGCUCCAAAAUAAACAUCGCAUGUUUCCUGUAACAAAUAUCUGUCAUUGUUUUAACACUUCCAGUGUCCCCAUCUUAAAGGGCCGUGUCAUAGAAGCAGACUGUAAUGAAAAAGGAGAUGUAGCUAACCAGUGCUGGUAGUAGGGUUAAUAAACGGAGGUUAGACUGGCAUUAAACAAAAUGUCCUGAUAGGACCAGAACUAAAUAACACGCAAAUUAAAAUUGUUUUACAAACUGGAAAAUUGUUAGAACCCGUGUUAACAGGUUAAUCUUAACAGGACACUCAACUGCAUAAAUUAAAAUAUAAUAAUAAUCACUGUUUUUAUAGCUAUACACACAAUGAAAACCUGCAUGCAUAUAAAAAAUACAUUUUUUUUUAAUUGUAUACCUUAGCUAAGCAAACAGAAAGUAACAGGACCGGUUGUCUGAUGACCAAAUAAGCACUUUUGUAGAAUUAAAAAAUACACAUUUUCUUCACACAUAAAGCUCUUCAUCAAGCUAAAGUGCUUCACGAGUCUGGAGUGUAACUUUAAUAUAGGGCUGGCUUUUCUAUAAGAAAGAAAACAUAAUUACUCCGUUCAUGCUGUUGAUACAAAAGAAGCUGAAAAACAUUUGUGCCUGAAAAUGGGGAUAAAAAUACCUUUUAGCUCCUCCAAAAUUGGAUCACCAAUCUGUAAUCGUACGUAUUUUAUAGACUUAAGUGAUAUUGUCACCAAUAAAACAUCCAGACCAGUUUUUUUUUUUUUGUUUUGUUUUUUGAAAGAGGAAUUCUAUAAAAGUUUUAUUUAUUUUAUACCAUGUAAACAAUUAAGAAGUUAGUGGAUUCAUUGAGAGGUAAAUAAACACUGCAACACAUAGGUGGAUAGCUGCUCAUGCACUUUAGCAGUGCUAAGCAACUUUCGGCACCCCAGGUAUUUAGGACUACAUCUCCCAUAAUACUCUUGCAGACGUAAUGCUGAUAAAGCACCAGGGGAGAUGUAGUCAACAGCAUCUGCAGUGCCAAUGAUUGGCUACCCCUGCCCUAUAGAGUGGAGGUGGGAGACGUGUGUUGGUAAAUUAGGAUUCCGAGAUGAAAUGAGUGGGGGUUUAAGGGAAAUGACAGAUCAGGCUCGUUCUCUCUCUUCACAUAUUAAAUUACGUACGAAGACAUGGAUCUGAGUGGGUUAAGGAAAGGUAAUAGAUUUUCUACAUUUUCUUUUCUUUUCUUUCAAAACAAAUCUUUAACCGACAUCUAUAUAAGUAGGUGAAAAUACCUUCUAGUAAAAUUCUAUUUAAAAUAGUGUUUUUGAAGUUUCUGAAUACACACAGAAGGGGUAUAUACAAUUUUUUAAAAGUUGUGUAGACUUUGCAAUGUUAUAACUUAGUACAAAUAGAGUCAUUGUUGCAGAUCUGAGGGCUAUGGUAGUUCAUUGUGUUCCCCUGCCUAAUCCCAGUUCUAGAUCUCUCAGCAGAGAUUGGAGAUUGAAAGUGUCUUCGAUAACUUUUAUUUAAAAUAGUGUCUCUCUGUAGGAUCAUUGUGCGAUAUUCUUGUGUCUACUUUCAGAAUAAAAACAGAUGUUUGCAAAAAAUGUAUGUCUUGCAGUCGUGACAACACAACCUCCAGUUACAUCGUAAUCUAGUUUGGGAAAAGACUCUUUUUAACGCAUCGUUUUAUGCCAAUGGGAAACUUUUCUUCCUCUCCCCCCAUUUAGGUAGCCAAAUGAGCUUCUUUUUUUUUUUUUUUUCUUUUUUUUUUUAAAUAUCAAGGACAUGCCAUCCAAAAAUUUACAAUACAAAGGAUUAACAGAGAGGGGGGAUGCUUAAAUCUGCUUUCUUCAGUCUUCAUGUUUAUUUUGGCUGUUCAUUAAAAUGACUUCACGGACCCCUGCUGGAUCUCUGCAUUGCCUGCCCCAAAUAAUAUAUAAAUUUCCAAAGAGUUUUGAGUGCUGGUAGAUUAAGGAACUUUCAACCCCUAUGUUCCAUAUAUACACAUGUUGACAGAGGGCCAAGGCUUCCCUUCUUUACAAUGAAACUUAGAACCGAAGUAAUUUUUAUUUUUUAGAACAAAAUAUGCAAACUUAGGAAUUCAGACCCAAAGAGCUAGGUGUGUAAAAUGACUUGGUGUGACGUAUGCCUUUCCUUUCCUAUAUAACUGGUAUAUUUAGUGCUUUUAGCACCGUUAAUUACUGCAUCUGGUUCUGUUCAUACAACAGUGUCCCCAGUAGAGGGCAGAUGUUUUACUUUGCUUGCUCCUCAUGUAUAAUAGGAUUUCUUUCGAAGCGGAGACUGUCAAAUUGUAACCAGCAAAGUGCAUUACCACCAUGCUUAACUCUUCAAUGCACAUUGACCACCAGUACAAAGUGAAAUGUGGUGACAAUACAGAUUUGAAUCCACAAAAAAAUAACCACUGAAAUGGGAACCCGGUAAUUUAAACGAGUAUAACUAUAUUUUCUAGACGCAUGUUUACCAACUCACAUCUUUAAAUCACCUAUGAGGGCCCCUAGUUCUAAUGUGGGGUGCGCCUUCAGACCAAUAAAGGCGGUCACACCUCUUCUUGAACCUUCUCUUGUAUGGCCUCUAGGAAAAUAACAGUGAGAAAGAUCUCUUAAAUUGCCUUUAACGAGUAUAUAAAAUAACACAAGUGAAUAUUCACAUGAAUACGAGCCUCUUUGUUAGUUCAUACUUUGAAGCACAGAGAAGCCUGUUGUCCCCUUUUUGACCGGUUUGGUCAUAAGCAAAUUGCCAAGGACCAUUUAUUCUAGCAUUUUUAAAGUUGCACAGACCCUUAAAAAUAAACACAAACUAACCACAUUUUUAUAGUACAGGUGUCCUGUACUAUUUUAAUAGUUACUAGAAUAUAUUUGCUUCUUUGAUACUCUGUCCAUUUCUCUGGGUGAAAAAGACAAGUCUAGUUUUUCUGUUUGAGAAAUUCUUUCCAUGUUGCCUUUCUUUUAUUUAUUUUUUGAAAUUUUUUUUUCCUUAUUUGAACAUCUACCACAACUUUGAUUUUUCCCUUACGUACCCAGGUACUUCAGGCGGUCUUUGUCUUUUUAGCUACUAGAUCAUUAUACCCAGAUACUUCACAAACACUUGUUAACCCCGGUCUAUGAUUAAUGAAAAAGUAGUUUGGUAGAGCCAGCAUUCUUUCAUUUUUGUUUCUUUCUAAUUUGGAAGGUUUUUAGUACAUUAUAUUUGCUAUACUGUAUAUACAAAUAUUUAGCUCUUUGCAUAAAAAUAACUUAUCCGAUACUGUGUUGCUCUGCUUUAUGGACUGUUUACCCCAUGCACUGUUUAAAUUUUUUCAUAAUUGGAUAUUUUUCAUUUUCCCCACAGGACUUGCAGUGAUACAUUCACAAACUACGAAUCAUUUAGAUGUCGGAAACAAUCCUCGUGUAGGAACCAAACGCUAUAUGGCUCCUGAAGUUUUGGAUGAGACCAUCCAAGUAGACUGUUUUGACUCUUACAAGAGAGUCGAUAUUUAUGCUUUUGGGCUAGUUCUUUGGGAAGUAGCGAGGCGCAUGGUUAGCAAUGGUAAGUGUUUUUUUGUUGUUUUUUUUUUUAAAUAUAUAGUGUAUGUAUGUGUAUAUAUUUCAUAUGGGUCUUAAUUACUCUUUUUUUUUGUCUUGACAUUCUUUGAAUUGCUGGCUAUUUUGAAAUGCUAUAAAAUCGUCUAUAUUGCUGUUUUGGGCUUGAACUAUUACCCAGUUUUAAGGCUCGUGUUGCUAUGUUGUCUUAAUGUUUUCCUAGCUCAAUGUCUUGGCCAGCUUGUGGUGGUGGGAUGGUGGGGGGAGUUAGUGCAUCUGCUAUGAGAGUGGCAUUUAGUACGUGAAAAAUAACAUUUGAGUUCCUUGUUGGUUUUUUACUGUUUUGGUUCUGAAAAUUGCUUGCCUUUAACACUUUAAGCUCCACUUUAGGGUGCUGAAGGCUGACCUGUUAUUUAACCCUCUGCUACAGUAUGUUUCAUUUUCUUCAGAUGGACUUUAGCAUUGAAAAAAAAAUAGUUAACAUUUCUGGUUUGUGGAAGGAGCUAGAAUAGUCGUGUUUAUGAAGGGAGGAGAAUGAGCGAAAAAUAAUAAUGUUCAAAAGUGUUUAUUAAAGAAAAAGUAAAUGGAUUCUUCUGUCUGAUUCCAAGAUCAGGGCUCAGGAAAAGGGAAAGAUUUAGAAAAAGAAAAUAAAAACAUUUUCUCAAUUUAAAAAAAAUUUUCUUUACAUUUUUCUUACAAAGCCACCAAUCCAUAAUUUUUAAUCUAUGUACGUGAAUGCAAUGGGCAUAGAAUGACAUUUAAAAUAAAUUGCAUUUAAAAAAAAAAAUAAAAAAAACACUAAAUGCAGAGUUUAUAAUAUUUUUUUAUUUUGAACAAGGGAAAAACAUGGUUUUCUGGGGCAAAGUGCUAAAUAUAGAUUUAUUACCAUAGAAACCAAAAAAGUCUCUCUCAACAUUUAGCAUUUUUCAUCUAUAAUUGCACUUGUUUUGCUUUGAUAAGUAUCCACCUUAACGUUUCCAGAUUUGUGCCGAGUAAUGGUACAGUUGCAGGAGGCUCGGUGCCUUACAUAGAUAAAGUCAACGGGUAAAAUAUUUUGUGCGGGAUGUGACUAUGUAACCCAUACACUGGAUGGAAACCUCGGUCUCCCCUCCCUCACCAUUUCUACUCCUCCUAAAACAAAAAAGCCCUCAAGACCUAUAGGAUGUGCCAAAUAAUGCAUUCUGUGCAAUGUAUAUUCAGUCACUUAUUACACACAUUAAUUUCUGAGCAGGGUAAAGGCAAUUCGGUUUCCAAAUUCACAAAUAUCUUUAGUUCAAAGUUCAGCAGCAAUCCAAAGCAAAGUUCAUUGCUAUCAUUUUCACCAUCUCCCAGCAAAGUCCUACAGCUAAGAACGGGGACUCCGUAAUAUUCUGUUCAGCUUAUGCAGAACAUAGUAUUCAAGUUGUGGCCUCGUGCAGUUGGUGUUCAGGGCUCAUCAGGGAAAAGUUUCACAGUGUUUUAUAUUUUUUUUUUUUUUGGGAGGGGGCGGGGUUGUUCUUUUUGACAUAGUAGUUUGUUCAGAACGCAUAUGAAAACUUAAUGUAUCUUCUCUACUGGAUAACUAGUAUAUAUAAACCUAAACAACUGUAAUUCUGGGCCCUUUAUUAUACAAUAAAUGGGAAGAAAAUGCGUUGUUUUUUUGUGUUUCUGUAAUCCUUUUCCAAGCGAGUGCUCUGUGAGUCCUACCUUGUCGUACAUAUUCUUCUUUGAACUUUUAUGGCAGUGCCGUUUGAACUUUGGCAUACCUGAAUGUUCUGUCCAUUUUAGCCUUUGAUAAUACAGUAGAGAAAUUAUGUGUAACAGUCAGUCUCUCUGCGAAGAACUGGGACUUGUAAUGUUUGUGUCUGCAUUUGUAUAUGCGCGUGUGAUCUCCUUCUGUUAAUGAAGGAUCGACCUGAAAUUGCAGAAAUCGCUGCAGCUAUAAGUAAUCAUGCGCACGGGCACAGACAAGUAUAGUCUUCGAAAUGGUCCUUUAGAGGGGCCGGCACAUCUGAUCAAACCUUAAAGGAACACUAUAGGGUCAAGAACAAAACCUGUAUUCCUCACCCUAUAGUGGUAAACUCACCAUUUAGGUGGCUUGCCCUCCCUUAGCCACCUUAAAAGCAAUUAAUACUCCCCUUAUUUCCAGCGCCGUGAGGGUCUGCCGACACGGAGGUCACCAUGGGUGGGGCCAGCAUCAGAAAUGACGAUUUUAAGCCAAUCCAGUGCUUUCCCAUAGGGAAAGCAUUGGAUUGGCUAAAAUCGACAAGGAGUUGGGAUGGGGGCAGGGCCAAACGCCGUUUUGGCCAAUCAUUGAAUCAGUUUAUCUCUAUGAGGAAAGUUCAGCGUCCCUUUGCAGUCAGUUGCAUAAAACUCUACAAUUGUACCAAAAGCUGACCAUUCAUUGUGAACAAAUAAGUUAGUAACUUACUUUCCCCUGGUUUUUAAGGAGUUUCAGAUUGCACAAUGAGUCAGAGCUCCUCUUUCCUUCUUUUUAUAAAGUUCCAACUUAUUCGCCUAUGAUGUACAAUGGGUAGCCUAUGGAAAAAAAAAAAUCCAGGCAUAAAUAAUCAGGAGGUGACACAGGGCUUUCAUUAUCUACUGUUUAUUUCUAUAUUCCCAUGUAUCUAAAAGCCAUAAUAUAAAGUAUACACAACAUAAUAUCUUUCAUCGCAACCUUUAUUAAUAAAGGGGGAAAAAAACAAUUUUACUGCUAUUUAUUUUUCCACUCCAAAUAGCAAAUUUUUCAUCUCUGGUUUUACAUUAGCCAGAGUGGAAAAUAAACAAACGUCAGAAAUGAAUGACAAAUUGCCCUAGUUAUCUCUUGAUUUGUUGUGACAUUUCAUACCAAAGCAUUCUCAAUGAUUAUUUUAUCCUGAAAUUUUCUUGUUACACCAUCUUUUGCUCUUAAAGGGGCCGUUUUAAUUUUGUUUUAUUAGAAAGCCUAGGAUUCUUUUGCUCGUGUGCAUUAAAGGUAUACUUUUUUAAAAACUUUAAAGUAAAAAAUAGUACAUUUUAUUAGAGCCUUGGUAAGUGUGCAUCAGUACAUCUCAUGACUUACCCUUACUUUCUGGUGCAGAGUGGCUUCUUUAAGCAGUAUUUGGUCAGAAUCCCAGUUUAUCUGAUUAACAACUGUACAAGUAAUUCAUAACAAGUUAAUUACAUACAGGGGGCUACUACAGGGUCUAGCAAACUAUUGAGAUAAGAAAUGAGAUAAGAACUUCUAAAUGCAAUAGUAUCUGCAAUAAAGGAAGUGUAAAUAUUGGAUGACUCUUUACAGGAAGUGUAAGUCCCAUGCAGGGAGGUGUGAUUAGCGCUGCAUAAAUAAAGUGAAUUAACUCUUAAAUGGUGGAGAAGUAAGCAGGGAGACUGCAGGGACAUGAUUUAUACAACACAACUGCUUCAUUAAACUUAAAUUGUUAUAGUGACUAUAUUGUCCUUUUUAAGUAGGCUGUAGAGUCCCUUGCAUAGCAAAGAAAAAAGGAUUGGGGGCACACCCAAAACAUGCAUUCUACAGGAAUGGUGCUGCCGUAGUGACCAAUAUUGAUACAUGAUACAAAUUAAGUUACAGGGCACACAUAAUUAUACACUAAUAAUCUUAUCAGGUUACUUAAACUUGCCUAUCUAAGAAAACAAAUAUGGGGAUUCAGUUCCACCAUAUGGCCAUAUUGGGCUAAGCCCACCACUACUUCACAGUACCCCAGUAUCGGUGGGUCCUACACGAACUCCGAAUGUGGUAGACAAAUUCAAUAGUGCUAAAUAAGCUUAAGUGUAUUAAGUUAAUCUAAUGUAAGAGCUUUGUGAGUAUACAAACUGAAUGUGAUAAAAGCAAUUAAAAACCGUGUCAAAACUAAACAAAGUAAAGGAAACCAUUAAAGUUUAAUUGUUUAAUUUUGACGCUGUUUUUAAUUGCUUUUAUCACAUUCGGUUUGUAUACUCACAAUGCUCUUACAUUAGAUUAACUUAAUACAUUUAAGCUUAUUUAGCUCUAUUGAAUUUGUCUCCCACAUUUGGAGUUUCUUCCAGGAAGCAACCGAUAUUGGGGUACUGUGAAGUAGUGGUGGGCUUAACACAAUAUGGCCAUAUGGUGGAACUGAAUCCCCAUAUUUGUUUUCUUAGGCAAAUUUAAGUAGCCUGAUAAGAUUAUCGGUAUAUUAUUGUGCGCAUCGUAACUUAAUUUGUAUCAUGUAGAGUCCCUUAAAACCACUUUCUCAGUGUCCCUGCCCCCAUUAGUUUUGCAGUGUAAACAUUGCAGUGUUAAAUCUGCCUCUAGUAGCUGUCUACCAGCUCAACGCACACAUGCAUUAGGUUCCCCCUCGCAGUCGCAAUGUCAGAAUAGGUGGAGCCAUUGCCAAGGUACAUCGGUGCUGAAAUGGGUAAGUAAGGGUUAAAAAGUUGUUUGUAGAGGUUUUUUUUGUGUUUUUUAUAUAUAUAUAUAUAUAUAUAUAUAUAUAUAUAUAUAUAUAUAUAUUCCUUUCAUUGUUGCGACAGUGGGAUAAUACAAUAGUGUUAGGAAUACAAAGCUGUAUUCAUAACACUAUAAUGUUCCUUUAAUUUGUUUCCUGUGUGUGUUCUUCAAAAAAAAGUAGGCAAUAAAGCCUGUCUGAUUUUAGAAAGGAAAAACAUCAUGUUGGUUAUUGAAACUGAAGAAUUUAUAUGCCUGUUGUAAAAAGUAUAACCUGCACAUGUCUUCGUAAAUUCCUUGUGUAAAACUGUGAAUUGGUUAGCACUUGUGUUCCUGUUUGUGUUCUUACUGUAAAAUCUAGUUGGAAAAUUGUGUCAACUUCUCUCUUAUUCUAUCACAGGUAUUGUUGAAGAAUAUAAACCUCCAUUCUACGAUGUAGUGCCUAACGACCCAAGCUUUGAAGAUAUGAAGAAGGUGGUCUGUGUGGAUCAACAGAGGCCUAACAUUCCCAACAGAUGGUUUUCAGACCCAGUAAGUAUUUGGUAAUAUAUAUUAUGACAACCACUUAUUUUGGCUCUGGUAUUGUUUAGCCGUUAGAGAAAAACACGUUGAUCCUGAAUACAUAAAGGAACCCUCAGGGCAGCAUAACAAAUAUUUGAAACAAAGUCCUAUGUCCCAUGAAGGCCCUUGUGUGUAGCUCUUUUAAUUACGCUGAUACAUACUGGCACACACACAGACACACAGAGUGACACAUAUACACACACACUGAUAACACACUCUUUGACAGACACAAAUACACUGACACACGCAUACACUCUCGCUGACCAACACACUCUGACAGAAACACACUCUCGCUGACACACACAUACAAACAUAUAUACACUCUCAUUGACAUGAACAGAUACAUUCUCACUGACAAGCACACAUUCACUCUCACUGACAAACGCAAACACACAUACAAACUCCCUAACAGACACACAUACAAUUUUUUUUUUUUUUUUUUUAAUUUUACUCCACUCAGCCCCCCUAGCUUUAGGAGUGCUGGCAUGCAGUCCCUGUGGUCCAGUGGGUCUGGCUGCAGCUUGGCGGGAGGUAUGGCAGGUGAGCGGUGGAGGCAGGCGGUGAGGGAGCAGUGAUCUCUCUGCUCAUUUUAUUUUCAAUUUUUUGGGAGGAACCCCAAUUAGUGUUCCGCGGAACACCAAUUGGGAAACGCUGGCUUAGAGUGUCGUAAAUCCGCUAACUUUUUUAUAAGUUAAAAAACUGAACGAGUUUGGAAUUCCAAGUCAACCACUCCUCCUACACAAUGUAUCAAAGAGACAGUUUGUCAGGUGUAUAGAUGGGAGUUAUUUCUUGUCUAUGCAAAGAGAUAGUAUUAGUAUUUUUGUUGUUGUUUAGUUGUCCGACUGUGCUUUAAAAAAGUGAAUCUACAAUGAUAAAUUGCAAAAAUUGUUACAAACCCACAAAUGAGUCUCACGAUUUCCACAAUACCUGCAUUACUGGAUCCUUAAAGCAUUGUGGGUGGGUGCUUGGGCCCUGUGGGAGGUCAUAAUGAAUAUGACAGACGGGUUUUCUAGCCAAAUAUAUAAUUUAAUCUGUAUAUUUCCUAUGAACCAGAAGCAAGGUUUUAUGCAUUUCUGAGUUCUAGUAUAUAUCUUCUAGUAAAUGUUUAGUGGCUAGCCUCAAAGUCCUUUUAAAUAUGUUAGAGAGAGAGCUGAGUGGAUAUGGCUCCGGCUGUGGUAUCUUAGUUGGAUUCCUGGCAAGAUCAACCCCCACCUCUCAUUUUUCUGAGGUCGAUAAAAUUACUAUAAUUUAGUUGGAUUCAAACAUCUGGAUCCUAGGGCAUACUUUAAAGCUGCAUAAGUUAAAAGUAGGCUUUCUUUUUUUUUUUUUUCUUUUGUUUCUUUUGUUUUAUAAUUUUUUGUUCAUAGUAGGGUCUUGUUCUAGCUUGAGCUUACCCCCUUUAACUUCUUCUUCUUUUUCCACCCCCUUCCUCCCCUGCAGAGUCUAACAUCACUUGCGAAGUUAAUGAAGGAAUGCUGGUAUCAAAAUCCAUCUGCACGACUCACAGCCUUGCGCAUCAAAAAGACUUUAACCAAAAUUGACAAUUCCUUAGAUAAACUGAAAUCGGAUUGUUGAAAGACUAUCAACACUGCCAUAAUAUUAUCUGUGUAUAGUUCAUAUAGGAAAUACAAAAGACACCAAAAAAACGUGCUUGCCUGACGAGGUGUAGACUUUAUGGUUAAAAACAAGACUUUAUACUUGUACCUGCCCAGUUUGAAGACAAUCCUGCUUUGGAACCUGAAGCAAUGGAUACCCUUGUCCUUUAAUGAACAGACUGGCUUCCAGGUUGAAGGGAAGAGCCGAUUAUUGCAAAGAUUUGCAUUUGAAGGAGCGCGGGAGAUAUUUCGGGACAGAUCUGGGCAUUAAGAGAAGACAUUGGAGGAACAAAAGACAAUUCAUGUCAUGUACCCAGCUACUUCUAUUAUAAGAAACAUUGAACUGACAAAUUUCCCUGCAAUAUUGUGUGUGUGUGCUUCUACGUUCUCUUGCACUAAAAGGUUCUUUGCAUUCCUUACUUGCACUGUUACUCUUGGUUUUUAACGACAGAUGCCAAAUAUAUUGUUGGCCGUGAAUGGAUCUGUUUGUUUUUUGUUAUUAUUUUUUUUCCGCCCCCUUUUAUUUUUGCUUUCAUUUUUAAUUUCCCCUCCCCCUUCCCCCUUUUUUAAAUUAGACAAUAUUUUUAAUUUGGGGGUGGGCAGAGAAGAAAACGAACACAAAAGCAAAUGAAACCGAAAUGUCAGUGUCUGCUGCAUUUUAAAAUGUGUGCUGAUGUUUACAAUAAUGCUGAACAUUAGGAAUUUUAAUUUUAAUUUUUUUUUCUCUACACAGAACCUAAAUAUUAUUUAUUAAUUUGUGCGCUUAAUGAUUUUAAAAAAAACUAGACUUAAAGGUCCUCUCCGAGCACCAUAACUACUGCAGCUUUUGUAUUCAGUGUGUUGUAUGGAAGCUUACCCUGAAAACGUACCAUGUAUCGUCGCCAUAAAGGGGAUUUUUAUCAUUCUCUGUUGCCUGGAGUUCACUUGUCUUCCCAUCUGCAUCAUAUAGGUACUUCCAGCUUAACCUUUGAGCCAUCCAAGUGUUUGCAUACAUGCACUAUUCUUUUAUGAGUGCCCAAAAAGCUUGUCUGGCUCAGGAGAAUGGCUUAAACUACAUGAGAAAUCUGUAUGCUUGAACGUGUAAAUGGAGAGUUAGAAUUUCCCCAUGACCAAGAUAGAGGAGUGAAGCCCAGGCACCAAACAUUAACAUAAAUAUCUGGCAGGUACGCUUUCAGGGAGGGUUUCCUUGAACCAUAACUACUACACAAUUGUUCAGUGCUUAUGGUACUUGAAUUGUCUCUUUUAGUGGUGGUAAAUGCAACAUAUAUAUAUAUCCUUUUACACUAUUUUUUUUUUUUUUUUUUUAUGUAACACAAUGAUAAGAAAAACUAUUCUGUACAAACAAUACAAUGACACAUUUUGUUCCUCGGGCUGAGAUUUUGUGUGGUCUGCGACUGUUUAGAACUCUGAACAAUUACUGUCACUCAUCACUUUCACCUAGUACUUUACUGACAUAGGAAUAAUGGCAUAUGCGAGAACUUCUAUAAAUGUUUUAUGUCUGGAUAUUUUAAGCGGAGAGAGAUGCAUUUCUUUUAAGCUAUAUAAUAUGUGCAUUGUAAACUCUGCCAGAAAAUAACUAUUUUGUUUUAAUCUACUUUUUGUAUUUAGUAGUUUAUUUGUAUAAAUUAAAUAGAAUGUUUUGAAGUCAGUUUAUUUACUUUUUAUGUAUUUUUGCUCAAAGAACAUUCAAUUGUUGUUGUUUAUAGUUGGG